AUGCAUGCCAUUCAUACAGGUGCCGAAGAUGGAUUUGCUUUCGUCCAACACACAGGCCGGUUCGAUUUUAGUAAAGGCAGAGUAGCAAUGCUUUUCAGCCAUUUUCUAACUGGACCAGUCUGUAUGAAAUUCUAUUUUUAUCUAUAUGGUAAAAAUAAUGGACUCCUGAAGAUCCGGACAGCACAUGAAAUAUCGGGAAAAGAACAUGGAAACGAAGUGUUGAAACUAUAUGGAAGUCAUGGUUAUAAGUGGAACUUCGCGCAGAUUUAUCUUGAUUUUGCUCCAACUGAUAUUUACCAGGUAAAGGUCCAUACAGACAGGACGGGAUUUGGCAACGCAACGCAAAUUUUCAAUUUUCAAUGACAUUUAAUUUCAUUAUUUUUCUAUGUUUUUCAAAUAUUCGGAACCACUUAAGCAAUUUUAUUUUACUUUUUAGUUUCGCCAUAUUACAAUACACAAAACUAUAACAAGAACAACUAUAAUAUACAUGACUAUAGGCAGGGUGACCGCAACAGCGUGAGCCAAUUACUGCGGACCCAUUUUAGCUAUUUGGACUGCAUAUCUUGUAAAAAUUUUAUCCGUUGACGGUUUUUUAAGCCCAGCCUUGUUCAUGCGUAAAAUCGCCGCUUGGUGGAAGCCAACAUAACGAUUAUCAUGUCCUAUGAACACUAAAUGUGCAAAUGAAAGAAAUUAAAUAACAUUGGCUGAAACAUGACCCUUUAACAACUCAGCCCAUGCUAUCUAUUUUGUUUGGUUUGCAUACUGUAAACACAAGAUAAAAUUAUAAACUGCACUAGUACCUCCUAUACGGGGUAAAUGUUUAAAUAUUUUUUAUUUACUUGGCAGGUUAUUAUCAAAAGCAUAAUCAAUGAUUUUGAUAUGCGAACUAAUGUUAUUGCUAUAGACGAUGUCUCUUUUUCAAACGAAACAUGUGAGCACUUGCCUCAAGGUUAGUUAGUAUUCUUUCUUAAAAAUGAAGAAAAAUGGAAAAUAUGAGUAAUGGCAUUAUUGAUAAUUAGCCAUCAGCCAUCUUGAAGUGUCAUUCUUGUCAUAGCAACAGCAUUUGCCUGGAAGUAAGAUAGUAGUUAGAGAAACUGACUAAUCUAGUAAUUUCCAGCACUGCUUUGCGAUCAUUAUAUCUCCGUUUCCACUACUACAUGUUCAUGAAACAAUAGACCUUACCGAUUAUUCUAUUUUACCCAAUAGCCUCGUUUCCAUGUUAACUUAUCAUGCAUGUCAGGGGCAGAUAAAGAUUAUAUUCCCAUGUUUUCCUGGACGAAUGUUUCUUGCUGUUCUUAGGUUCAAUAACAAAGUAAUUUCCAACCUUAUUAAGCACAAAACAUGACUAAAUAUUUGACACGAAAACAAGACCAUCGCGUAAAAAAUGAAUAAACGGUAAGGUCUAUUUCAUCACCAACAUGUUGUUUUAUGUCUAAUUUUAGAUAGCCGUUUCAACUGCUCGUUUGACAAUGGCUAUUGUGGUUGGAAAUUGAAUGGUACAAAACGAGUUAAAUACGACAAAGGUGGAAAUUACUUACUUAUGUUUUAUCACAACUCAAUGUUGAGGGAGUUUUGUUGGCGGAAAUUUCAAGCAAAAAUUAACUUAUACCUAAUGUUAAAAUUAAUGUAAAAAAGUUUUAUCACUGCACAUUUUUGUGCAAAGGUUAGCCGAGCAGAAGCACACCCUGAAAAUUUCUAAACAUACCUGUAUAAUAAUGUGUAACCACAAAACAGGCUACAAUUGAUAUUCAAAAAUUGAUAUUCAAAAAUGCCAAAACCAACAUACACUGCACAGCGCCCGGAAUCGCCCAGGGCAAAAUUUGACUUGGGGACCCUCGUGAUUCCAUCUUCUAACACUAUGUUAGGGGGAUCCAAGGGCAUUCUUUCCGCGAAAAUUUUGAAAUCUGAGGUCCCAGAAAUGGCCAAAUACUGCAUUCUGGAAGUCUAGUUGACAGUUAUAUCUAUGUAUAUUUCACAGUAGUUCUUUAUUUGGGCCCUCCUUUAACAGGAGCCAGAGGGCAAAUUGCUCCCUCCACCCCUCUAUGCGUCCUUGAUAGCACUUGCAGUUAGGAUUAUCUAUGCCAGCAUAGUUAAAAAUCACACGCUUGAAGAAAAGAAAUAUUUUCGUCUUGGAAAAUUAAAGGCGGUUUGGGGGUGACAAACUUCUAAAGGAGUUACAGGGCAUGUACCCACAGAAAAUAUUUUCAUCUAGUAUCCUUAAAAUAGCAUUUCUGGCAAUGUGCGGGGGCAUUCUAUAGAAUUCUGAACAUACAUCAAUUACAAAAAGUCAAGUAUCAUUCACUCCAUCAUCCAAUCUCAUAAAGAGUUAUUUGGCGAGAGAUUUUGUUAUAUAGGUAUAAGUAUAAUAUUAGUGCGGACGUUUGAUAAUUUGGCAGCUUCACUUUCAUUCAAAUUAUUCUCAUUCAAAAUGUUUUGAUUUGUUUUGUUUUGUUUUGUUUUGUUUUGAAGUGUCAAGAUGAUUUUUUCAGUUCCGAGUGUUUCUGGUCAUUGCCUCAUAUUCUUGUUAAUUAAAAACUUAUCACAGCAAAUUUUAUCACUUUUAGCAUUUUGCAUUUUAUCACUGCACAUUUUAUUUUUAUCACUGCACGGCAAAUUGGUUAUCACUACCUACUAAAAUUUGGUAUGAAUUAACCAAGUUCACACUGUUUACAAUCAUAAACUUCACUCGAAAUUUUCUACCAACAAAGCCUUUUAAGCAUUCUGUUCUAUCGAGUUCUAUCACAAUUUUGUACUAUACUUUAAUCAUGUACUGUAUUUCAUUUUUUUGGCAUAUUCAGGACUGAAACAAUAUAUCCCACUUUUCGAUCCUAAACAGCAAGUGAUUCUUCAAAGCCCAAACGUAUUCGCCCACAAAGCUUGCUUUACUUUACAAUACUUGACUAGCCGUUGGACAACGUUGGAUGAAUCUCGGAUGUUUAUAUAUGUUAAACAGGCCAGUGGGGGUCAGUUGAUUCCUGUGAAUGAUAGACUGCUUUAUUACGGCCAUUCAAAAUGGAAUACAGUCACGGUUCAAAUUGAAACUGAAUUUGUACAGGUGAAUUUUUAGUUUUUUCUUUAUUAGAAACUCCAGCUUAGAAACUAUAUUAGCUCCAUUAUUAGCUCCUUCUUUCUGUUAACAACAUAAUUUUUCCCACUCUUACUAGAAAUACAUGCAUGCAGAAACCGCUCGCCUUGCUGGAAAAACUAUUAUAUUUUCCGAACAUGAAGUAUUUGGAGUAGUUGUCAUGGUAACACGAUAAUUUAUUAAGAAUAUUUUAAAAUUGAAAAAAGCCGUAAAAAAUAUCACUUAUUUUACAAAAUUAUCAAUUUCCCCAAAAUAUAUACGUUAAGCAUGUUAUUAUACGCAAUAUAAGUAUAAUUUAAUGUAGCUAAAAUCCAAUCACAAACGCUUCGCAAAACGUUUUAAAUUAACAUGUUCUUUUAAAACUAAACUGCCUUUUAUCGAUAAACCUUGAGUUUCAAAUAAAAUAAUUACAAAUUAAAAUCUCGCAUGAAUUUAACUUUGCUUUCAUCUUUAUUUAAGGAUUUUCAUAUAUUAAAAAAGAGUAAUAAUAACAGUACACUGAAAUGAUGGGCUGCCUUUUUUCAAUAUACGUAAUUAAUUGCGAUCAGUUUUUGAAGCAAUUAUAUUAUUAUAAAGGAAAGAAUACAUCAGUAUUUAAAACAAACUUACCUUCAUGGAAUUUUACGAUUUCCAGCAAUCUAUUGUCCCGAACUUUUGUUAUGAACAACUAAAAUGUUUGGCUGCACGUCUCAUUAACGAUUUUUUGGGUUUCUGAAUAAACAUCGGCCUCGUACCAAACGUCGUAGCAAACGUCGGCGUCUUUGCUCCCUUCUUUUAGCAAAUCCUUUUUUCGCGUCUUCUUGCUGGUUUUCGUUUGGUUUUAUAAUUUUUCUUUAAUAUUUUAUUUGCUUAAAACCGUAUAAAAGAAUUAUUAUUAAAAAGCAGAUAUAUUUUCAAAUAAUGUCUCUUAUUACGAUGUCGUAAUGCAGUCAUCAUAAAGCGAAUUUAGAUUUGACCAAUCAGUGUUCGCCAUUAUUUCCAUGACCGUCCGCCAUAUUUUCGAGAUUAGUGAGAAGUCCACCCUUGUUGGAUCAGUGGGAAGUCCACCCUGGGAUCGACGCCCGUGAUGUUUGAUGAACUUCACAUGCACUUCGCUAAUCUUUCUUUUAAAUAGCCGAACACGCCCGGAACGGCGCUCCGCGCAGGUGCAACAUUUUUCCGUAGACAGUCGGACUCCUCAUUGAUAGUUGGACGCAUCAUUGACCCGCGCCAUUAAGCAAAGCAUUCAGCAGAUACUCUUCUUAUUAGAUGCGCUUCCCAGUGUGUCUUUCGCGCGCAACUAGCGAUUUCAAAAUAUCAAUUACUUGCUUGAGAUGCCAAAAUCUGAGCAGGAAACAUUGUGGCUUCAUAUCUUUUGUGGUGUUGACAUCUGACAUACUUAUUAAGUUAUACUCGCCAUUCCCACUUGCUUUUCUUUGCUUUUGCAACUCUUUUGGAGCGAUUACAGAAUACCCGUCCAUUUUUUAAGCUAUGCCUUUCAAACAUCAUGGAUACGAUGUAUUAAUACAUCUAUAUUUAUACUGAAUUAUUAAAAUACCAUGGGGGUAAAGGUAGCUACGAGGUAUACAGGGACUUAACAUUAAUUGAUUAAAUUGUCACAGUGUUAAAGGUAGCUCUAUAUUUUAGCGGAUAAGUGGAUAUGCUGUCAAGUAGUUAUUUUGAGAACGAGGUAUACAGUUAGAUUAGCAUUAAUACAGUAGAUCAAAUUCUGUAAACACUAUAGAUAGCUGCAUGUUUUAAUGGAUACGUGGAUAUACGCAGUCAAGUAGUUAUUGUGGCUUUGUGCUUUAUAAAACUUAUCCUUGGAAUGUUUUCAGGCAUGAUUCUAGCGUAAUUGAAGAAGUCAUCUGACAAUCAUUUUUGGAGACAAGACCAUUUUUUCUCAUGCUGACGUCCGAUUUUCGUCUUGGAGGCAUAUUUUUUAAUUCAACCUUGCCCGAUGUGGAUAUACACUUAAGGCAAUUUUCCAUUGCAGUCGCUUUGCCCGCGCAAGCAUCAUGUUCACCUGAGUACAUUACACCAACACAGAAAAAAUUCAUGAUUACUAGAUUACAUCGAUAUCGAAGGAACUAGACUCAGUUCCGAAAUAGCACACACUCGGCCAACCUGCUACUAAAUAAAAUUUUUGUAGACCAAAAACUAAAACAAAUUAUGGAAUACAUACAUUUAAGACAAUUACAUCUAAAAUUUGGGAAACUAUUGAUUAUAAUAUAAAAAUGUCUGUCUCAUGUCAUGUAUUUUCAAAACAAUAUAAAUAAACAUUUUUGUUAUCGCAAAAAUUAUAAUUUAUGCAUGUAAAUAUAUUUACAAAUUUGUCGUUGUCAUGCAAUUCAAUAUAUCUGCUUAGUAAUGACUAAUGUAUCAUAAAUAAACUAUCAAAUGCAAGGUGAAAAGCGGAGGGUGAGGUGACCAUUUGAUUUGUUACCCCGGCCUCCCUUUUUCACUGUGUAGGCAGUGGUCGACCCGACCACUGCGUACGGUUAUGCUACUAUAUAUUUUAAUACAUUGAAAGCUUUAUUAUAAUAUUUAAUUUUUGAUAUAAGUUGUGUAAAAUAUUUGUGUACGUCGUGCGAAUUUAAUAAAAUUGUAAAUUAUAAAUUGACCGCGUAGCUCAGUUGGCAGAGCAUUGGGCUAGCAUUCCAAAGGUCGUAGGUUCGAUUCCCACCGUGGGCAGGCAUAUUUUUCAAGGUUGCCCGGUGUGGAUAUACACUCAGAGUAGCAUGACAAACAUAUUCACCUGAGUACAUCGGACACCAACACAGAAAAAAAGAAAAUUGGGAUAGUAGUUCAAUGCUGCCAACUGCAGAGCUACGAGGUCAAGUUAGUUUGUGUUCCUGAUAUUUAGGAACUAAGUCAACUUCCGUCGAUAUCAAUGUAUUCUAAGAUAAAACAUAUGCAAAUUAGGUAAAUGCAUUAUUAAACAUGCGUGAUAGGCAUAAUUGUUGCCAAAAAAUGAAAGUUUCAGUAGCUAUUUAAAGGACUUAAAAUUGAGUAAAUUUCUGAUAUUUGGAACCAUUGAUUAAACACAUAACAAGUUUUUCGUUUUUCCACGAACUCAAAAUGCGUUUUAAGCUUUUAAAUUCCGCGCGCAAGUUAAUUUUCAUGCUGCCAACCCACGCUCUGCAAAAUUUAUCUUUACAAAACAUUUUUGUUUUUAUACAUUAUAAGUACCCACACAAUCUAUAUUUUAAAAAAAAAAUCAAGAAAUAACAACAUUUGUGAAAUUGAGAGCCGUUUCAAAAUUGUCUACUUUUUCUAUAUACUCUGUAGUUAUUCACUAAUUAAUGUUAAUGUUAAUGUUAAGGAAAAAUGUGUUCCCUGGAUUAACGCCGAUCACUCUGGUCUUACUCACAUGUAGGUUUUGAUAGAUUUCAUUCUGGAUAAUUUCGAUGUUGCAGUUGCCAAUCUUAAUCUAAACACGGAAUUUCAAGGUUGUGACAGUGUUGGUAAGUUUGCCUUUAUAAUGACUUCGAUUCGUUUGUAUGCUUAGCUAUUCAGCUUUCGAAUGUCUCCAGAUCACGCUAUUUCAACUUAUUAGCUGAAGUCAUAUUAGAAGACGGAUUUCCCUCUGAGACAGGAAACGCGUUUAAGACUUUUAAGUCUUAAAAGUUAAAACUUUUAAAUUUCCAUCUAAUUUUCCCAUCUGGUCUCAUAUUUUUAAUUCUUUGGGUUUAUCCGUCCGUCACACGAGUUUCCUGUCUUAGACGGAAAUCCGUCUUCUAAAAUGAAUUCAGCUAAUGUGAUGGAAACUAAAAGACUUGAAAUAAAGUAAAUACAGAUACAUUGUAAAUUGUAAUUGAGUUAAUUUUAUAAUAAUUUAUGAAUUAUUAGAGAAUGUAAAUACAACUGAAACAUGGCCAGAAAUCCCGGACAUAAUUUAUAAUUCCAAAAGAAAUUACAAAUCACUUUAAAAUAUGGCUUCUGCAAACAGUAGAUUGUACAAUGCGAUGAGGUAAAUCGCAAAAUCUGAGAAUAUGGUAGAUCGUUUGCAACUUGGCGACAUCGCUGGUGCUAAAUCAACGUUUGUCGAUAUAUCUAGUGUAAUUUUGGCCUAGUUUAAGUUACUGUUUUUCCUGCUUUUUUGUUUAUUCCUAGUGCGGUAUUUUUAUAUAGGGUUAAAUAGACAAAUGUAGUUAAAAAUUAACCUCUGCACAAAUAUAGAAAAAGCAUGAACAGUAGCAACUUAAAUCAUGCUAAUAUUAUUUACACUAAAUUCUUCGACAGGGUUUGGUUUGCAACCAGCGAUUGCGGCAAGUUGCAAAGGAUCUACAUAUUAUCAGAUUUUGCUUUUACUACAUCGCGUAGUGUACACUAUAGACAAUAUACUAUAUACUAUUGGAGCCAUAUUUCAAAGUGAUAUGCAAAUUAGUAAGGAAAUAGAAUAAAUUAUGUCCGUGAUUUCUGGCCAUAUAAUUUUUACGAUGUUUUUAAAUAUCCGCGAUUGUUAUUUCACACCCAGUUACAAUAAAGAGUUAAAUUAAAGGUUGGAAAAGACGCGACAAAGGAAAAUACCAUGAAUUAGCAUAAUAGACGGCUUCAAAUUCAUGAGUUCUCCUGCGACAUGAGAUGCCUGCCAAAUAUCAUAGAUACCGUCGCAAAAUAGUGGUUGUAUGAGCGUUAUAAUGUUUCUUUGACUUAAAUCUAAUCCCAUGUUGCGUUUUGUUGCACCAUUUGGUGGAAACCAGCAUUUCUUUUGCUGAGGUGAAAUUAUAAUUACUACUGCCUUUUUAUGAUUACAGUGGAAAAAGCUUUUUUUGUAUCGACAAAAAAGAUCUUCAAAAAGGAAUACAAAAUCUUAAAAGAUGGAAGAUCGUGUGAUUUAUACCCGACAUCAUAUUUUAGUGCUUACAUUACACCGACCCCAGAAUAUCCUGUGCCUUUGUACAUAUAUUCAAGCAAGCAUCACAUGACUCUGAGUGAGAGGAAGAACAAUUCUUUUCGAACUUUAGUUGGAUAUUUUUAUGUCAGCAUGACGUGGCGUGCAAACACUUCAGCAAUACAUUACGAUUUAAAUGAAGAUAAAAAUGGGGAAUAUAUAUCGGAAUUUGGAAGUUCACCUGACGAGGGAACAUGGAAAGGAAAUGUUGUGUAUGUUAAAAAACAUAAAAUUUAUGAAGGUAGGACUGAUUCAAUUAUUGAUUAAUUUACUGCUGGAUUGAAAAAUAGACGAUAUAUACUUGUUUAUUAUAAACGUUCACUGCAUGAUCUAACUGCAUGAUUCACUGCACGACUGAAUGGUCGAUUUAAUGAUUAUACCAUAGGUCUACCGAAACGCUUUUUUAAUUAAAAUAAAAUUGCUUUAAAAUACAAUGCUUAUAUUCUUGCUUGAUCAAUAUACAUUACAACCUUACAACCUCUACAACCAAAGCUACACGGAAUGAUAGUUGUUGACCCGACGUUUCAAAAUAAAGGUCUCUGAUUGGCCAAGAUUUCAACUGCAGCCUUCAGUCAAAGAGCUUUAUCUUGUGACAUCGGGUCGGCAAUCAUCAUCCCGCAUAUCUUUUUUCUUGCCAACCUUGAGGAAAUAAUAUACAUAAUGAUGCAUCACUACCUUUUCUGGAGACCUAUGAUUGUACGUCAAGAUCUUUAAUACGAUAAAGAUAUCUUGAAGUAUUACGGAUGUAUCCCAGGUAGAGUUUUCCAAACGCUAUAGGAGCUGUCACAUACAGUAGAAACAUUCUGACUGGUAACUAAUUACCGUUCCACAUUUUGAUAUUUUGCUAAAAAUAACUGAAAAUGUAUAGAACGGUUUAUUACCAGAACAGUUUCUAUGUAAGAGUUCCUAGUGUUUGGGAAUGUCUGGCGACAUCCGCGAUACGUCAAGAUCUUUAGCUUACUUUGUAAAAUUCAUGAAUAAUUAAUAAGGCGACAAACAAAUCACGAUGCGGUAGUUAGGUCACAUGUGCACACUUGUAAACUGCAUUAAAGAUCAGAAAGUCGUAUUAGAGGGAUGUUUAUGAAAGUUAACAAUACUAGUUGAGAAGCAUUGAAUGUUUAUGAAAUUAACAAUACUAAUUUAAGUUUUAAUAUCAUUAAUAUAAUGAGGUGUGAGAUUGUCCCCAUGGGCAGAGAAUACUAAUAAAGUAGACAAAUAAAUUCAUCUUACAGGUACGUUAAAAUACUCGCAACUGAUCUUUAUGAGCAUUUAAUAAUCCAUAAAGAUCAGCUGCUCAUAUUUUAUUAACUAGUACUUAAAAUUUCAUUAUUUACUAUCGAGACCGCUAAAGUGGUAAAUUAAUCUCUCGAGAUUUGCACGCGCGAGAUUUAUUUUAUGUACCAGGUAAUGAACACCUCGUGACCCUAAUUCAACGGUGUUCGUAAACAAUCUGCGAUGUUCUCGUGUAGUAAUAGUAAUACUUUUGACUAUGUUUCAGAAGUGAAGGUAGAGUCGAGAACAUUCUUGAAUUGACACAAAAUACGUGAAUAUUCAGGUCGUUUGGCUAUUUAUAGACUACAAUAAAAUAUUCAGUAGCGUUAAUAUAGACAAGCAAACGGAGGUGUAAAAUUGUGGUAAAUACUUUUUCUUUACCUUAAUUAAUUUGUAGUUGUAAAACAGGCUUGGGCGUUUAUAGUUCUUUUCAGAACUUUAGAAUUACAAUUCGCAUAAUCAAAAUUUUAUUUAAGCAAUAUUUCCUGUCAAAGUUAGUCAAACAUCGCAGAUUGUUUACGAGCACCGUUGAAAGCUUUAAAGCGGUCACGUGGUGUUCAAAAAGUUUAUCACGUGGUACAUAAAAUCAGUCCCACGCGUGUAAAUCUGGAGGGAUGAAUUUACCACUUUAUACUGCGACUUCUAGCACAUAUUUAAAAUCCGAACAACGCAAGAACGUUUAAGUCAGUGUGCGUUUCAUUGUCUUUUUAUUUGAAUAGUUAUCCACUUUUUACUGCCAAGCAUUUUAUCUCUGCAUUCCUUCCUUAGAUAACAGAAAUUGUCCUCCCGGUCAUCUGGGCGUAGGAAACAAAUGUUUCUGGUUUCUGUGCAAGGACAUGGAGGAUAUAAUCAGAUAUCCUGAAGUUAGAUGCUCAAUGGAUUUAAGCACUCUCGCUUCAUUGGAUGCGAGUGGCAUAAAGCUUCUGGGGGAAUAUUUGAACACAAUUCAAGUAAAGAAUAUAGAAAUUACGCAACUUACUCUCGGGUUGUCAAGAAAAAAUAAACAAUGGAUAUGGAGAGAUGGAACUGUGUACAAUGAUAGUAGCAGUAGAUUGGGAAAUGAAAACAAUUUUGCCGUGCUUACGUGGAAUGAACCGGGGAAGAAAUGGUCACUCAAGGGUGUUCCUUGGUUAUUCGACAACCUUCACCUCUGUGAGAGACGUAGAAGUAUGUAAACAAAAAAGUCUACAUGAAGCGACGAGCCCAAAGGCCGUUUUCCACUUCAACCGUAUCGUACCGAAACGUAGCGUAGUUCUUUGUUCGUAGUGCUCAGGGCACUAGAGUGGAACUAAUGACUUUAUCACAAAAUAAAAUGCUAGAUUUGUUAGGAUACGUUUGAAGUGGGAAACGGCUAUAAUACAUUCGGGCAUUAAAAAGGAAUCUUAACAUAACCUACUUAACACACUGGCGAAAUUUUGCGGCCGUAAUUAAACUUAUUUUAUUUUAUUUAUUUUAUUUUACAAGUUUGCCAUUGCAAUAGAUCUACAGGGUGUAUCAAAAUAAACGCAAUUCAUCUUUUGUGCUUAAUAACUUUCGACAUACUAUUUCUAGUUAAACGCUUUUAGGCUUACUUCAAAGCCUGUUCUUUUCUCUUUCACAAAAACUAUUAUCCUUGUCUCCAAUGCUAGUAAUAAUUGCACAGGAAAAGAUUUAGUAAAAUCUAUCAUUUUUAGUUGCUGUUUAAUUAUGCAUGUUUACUAUGUUAUUGUUUAGUCGGUUUAAAUGUUAGAAUUUUCUUCUUUAAACUGUAAUGUUGUCGUCACUACAUCUGGAAAACCACGUAAGAACAAAUUAAAAGUAUUUUAAAAGAGACCAGGUUGUUUGAAAAUCCUAAACGAAUGCUAAAAAUCGUCAAAACGUUCUGGUGUCUGAGCCAGAGUGUCAUCGAAUUGCGAUGUAAUGUAAACAGAAAUUAUAGCAAGUUGAUGUCAGUCAGCUUAGAUGGUCCAAGCCAAAAUUAUAUCGCAUUUGAAGUUUCAAACUGAGUUAAAAAUAGUGGAAGAAAAGCCGUAAUUAUACUUAUUGUUACAAUCCAUUUAAUAAAAUGCAACAUUUUUUUGUUUUAGUGAAAAAAUCAGUUAUUUUCAUGAGAACGAUUUGUUAUUCCAUCUCAAUUUUUUUAAUCUCCAAUCGCAAUAACGUAAAGUAUUAUUACCCGCGAACCAAUGAGUCAAAUUUAAGAAACAACCCACUGUUAGAAAGCUGAAUGGCUACGCUUUAAAAUGAAUGUAAACUUUAACGUUUUCGUCUAUUAUUUGUUUAGCAAUUUACAUUUCAGUCGAGGAUUGCGCUUUUUUUGAUACACCCUGUAUAUAGAGUACUAUGGUUACAAAUGACUGGAAUUUCCACACAGAGAUAGUUUUCCAAUAACGGGGUUCCAAGAAAGAACAACUACUUAAUGGUAUAUCUAAUUAUUUUGAAAUUAAAACAAACAUAACAAUUAAACACAAAUACAAGAGACAAAGCAAAUGUAUUGACGAACAAACGAACAAAAACUAAAUUUAGCAACAUGUUCGAGUUGAUAAGUUCAUUAGUGGGCGAGUGGUGUGACAUUUAAUACACACAGACUUAAAUGUUCUUGGAUCUUCAGGGUCAUAAAUUUGUUGGGUUAAUUCUACGUAGUAUUUCAUUAGACUACAUUUAAAUGCAGUUAGAGAUGUGGUGGUAUUUCUUAUGAAGCCGGGAAGCGUGUUCCAUACAUUAACAGCGCUGAUGUAAAAGCUGUUUUGAAAAGAAACAGUUUUACUUUUAACAAUAUGAAAUUGGUCGAAGACCCGUAGUUUUACUUUUGGUUACAUGAAGUAGGACGCCGUUAGUUGAACUAGUAUUCCUUGUUUCUCGUGUAGGGAUCCUUAUAGAUAUGUUAUUGUCAAAGUUAUUUAUAAGGCAUUUGUGAAGAUACGCCAUAUCUAAAUACUCAUGCCAGUAAAAGAGCCUCUUGGUUGGACUCUUAAAAGAGCCUCUUGAAAAAGCUCUAGCGCCAUUAAAUUGUGGCUGUACUUCAGUAAAGUUUAAAACUCGACUGAUUUAUGUAGAUAGGAUAAGAUGUCAUCCUCGCGACCCGCGCGUGGAAUCUUCGUAGCUCGGUAAAAUUACUGAAACAAGCUGUAGGGACACUUUUUUCUUUUUAUCUGUAAAGACAACACGUCAAUUCCCAGUUUGGGAAAUUGGUACACUAUAAUAAUUACUAAUAGUUGCAUUCUCAGCUGGCUAUACUAUGUCAUUGCAUAUUUUCUCCUUUUCUACGUGACACUGCAAUUGGUUUAACCAAAGUUAUUUGAUACAAAAUUACUAACGAUGCCCAGCACAACACGCGAGUUUAAAUGUUUGUUCCGCGUGGUGAAUAUGUCAUUUGUUGCAUUCCGUUAUAUUGUAUUAUACUACCUGCUUGCAUUGCAGAGAAUUUUGCCUACGGUGCAAUGAGUUAUCAAUCUACUACCAAGUCAAAUAUGUCGUCCAACUUGGCUGUUGAUGGACUUCUUUAUACUUGUAGUUUAACACAGCUACCAAGUAAGGUUAGUAAAAUACUUGAUUAAUUUAAAUUCAGUUAACAUUGUAAUAGACGUCAGUUAAUACCUGUAGAUGACAGCCUACAAGUAUGCUGUAGCGGUAUAUGACUUUGCACGAGAAAUAUCAGUUAUAUACGCCAUCCUUCGCGUACAGUUACGGUUGUGAUUGGGAUGAAUACAAAAAGUAGAUAUCUUGUUGCGCAAAGGUUUUACCGAGAAAGACUAGUGUAAACCUGGUUUCCGUUUGACCGUCUUGACCAAGCCAUGUUUGAUGAUGUGCAACAGUCUAGAUCUAUUCUGUUUUUUGUGUGCUAAAUGACAACUAGACACUCUUCAUUUGCUGUAUAGUGAUAAUAUCGACACUCUUACAAUUAAAUUAUAUAUGCAGUGGUCCGGAUCUAUUUUGUUUUUCGUGUGUUCAUUUAUUUCUUGUAUUCUCUCAAUUUCAGCGCUCUCCUUAUUCUUGGUGGAGAGUAAGAUUGACUGAGAAAACAAAAAUCUACAUGGUGCAAGUGACAACCUCACUCGAUGAAGACAAAAAUGUCAAAAUGAUAAUGAGUACCAGCUUACAAGAAGAUGGAAGUUCCGCAUACUGCGAGAAAGUAAUCUACACCAACGAUUUGAAGACAAUAAUAGUGAUAUGCGAGCCACCAUUACCAGGUCGCUACGUAAGAAUUGAAACAAAGGAUGAGAGACUCAAGCUUUGUGAAGUAGAAAUAUUUGGCACUGGUAAGAAUAAUACAUUUUAUCAACAGAGUCACUGUCUAACCGACCAAGUUAAAGGCAGGAUGGCUGCAUCAGUGGUGUAGAUAUCUCUACGCUUGGCGAGCAUCUCUGUUGUUUCAUUUCAGAUUCCUACGAAGACAUCCAAGGAGUCAUGCAAGCAUAUUGGGGAAAAUUUCCAGAAACUACAGAUCUCUCACCCUUAUUGGCAAAACAAAAGGCCUAUCCUGAUAGUCCGUCCUAUUCUCAUCUUGUAUCGUCGUUUUUACAUAUGAAGAUGUAUUCUCAUUAUGUCCGGGAAUUGCGAGCGUACUUUCUGGUAGGUCUGUAUUUGGAUUUACAGUAUAGCAAAAUUUUUGUCGAAAGUAAAUCAGUAGACAGUUUCCGAAUUUCCCACCUGGCAAUGAAAACUAUUUAUUUCCAAUAGUUACAUUUGGGCGGAUAGCUGAAUCCAUGUUUGAAUAAUUGGCAACAAUCACCUAGACAUUGGAAAGAGUAUUCGAAACAAGAUAAUUCUGAACUAUUGUGCUUUUCCUACCAUCUAGUGGCAACGAAGUCUCCGAUUGUUCAAAUGGUGAACUUAAUUACCAGAAGAGAACUUGUUAUCGCGUAUAAGCUCACUCCCGCAGUAAUAUAGGAAUAUUGAGUAUCCCAUACACCAAAUAGUUAGAAUGCUACAUUAACAAAUAGUUAGAAUAUUAACACAAGGGAUGAAUGUCGUUUCCGUUAACAACAAACUUAUUUGUUCUAUAUAGUUUGUUUUUCAUUUUCCAGGCUUCAAGUAAAGGGAGCUACACGUUUACUCUGGCUGCAAAUAUAGAAGGAGAGAUGGUUGUUACAAAAUCAAGAGAGAUAAACAACAACUUACUCUCAUUAUUGGUACAAACGAACCGAGCAACGUAAGUGGUUUUGGAAGCAUUUGAUGUUUGAUUGAAGAUUUAGAACUUUACCUUGCCUUGCUUAGUGUAUGUACUUAGGAUUGUAAUCGACAAGUUAAAUUAGCACCUGCAAAUGGUUUUUAAAUAUAUCACUGUAAAAACAGAUUGAUUGUCUCAGACGCAUCUCUUUUCGACCAAUUUUAUUUGGUCAAAACAACCAUAAUAUUGGUUGUUUUAACCAAUUUUUGAGUUGUUUUAACCAAUUUGUUGGUUGUUUUAACCAAUAAAAAUUGGUUAAAUUAAUGCGUCCGAGACAACCAAUUUAAAUUGGUCAUUUCAACCAAUCUGUUUUUAAAUAAUCUUCAAGAAUUUCAACAUUUACAUUUUAGGGCCUCAGCGUCUGUUAUACUAGACGCAUGUCAAUUUUAUUUUGUAAAGUUAAUAACGACGUACUAUGACUACGAAAACACACUUUCUCUUGGAGUUCAAUAUGAAGGUGGUCGCUACGAGACUCCUAUUCCUAGCAAGAAUCUAUUUUGGGCCGUGCCAGGUAUGUGCGGGGUGUUAACUCUAUACCACUUUAGUCAUAACAUUUUGUUGCGUGCAGUGUAAAUGGACUUGGAGCUAGUUGCAGUCGUACUACAGUAUGUUUGUAGUCACGAUUUUGUAGUUGUUGCAUGUAAUUGUGUAAAUACUUAUUUUUAUAUAUUUUUAAAUUAACUUAUAAAACACAUGCAAGCGCAUAUACCACAACAGUUUAAUAUCAAUUGCUAUAAAAAUGUAAUAUGUACGUAUAGCCCCUUAAAUAUUAAAAAUAUAUCUGUACAAAUAAUGGCACACUGAAGACACUAAAGGCUGUCAAAUAUGGCGCGUUUUUACUGUCAAAAUGCAAUAGUUAUAAGUAGAACACCAUGCAAUGAUACAAACCGAGCAACACUUACUCGAAUAGAGCAGACUGAUAUGCAAAUCGAUCUAUGAUACAUUGUGUGUGCACUGUCAAAAACGACAUGCAGUUGCUGUUGAGUUGCAGUUGAGUUGUAAAGAACAUUUAUUAGAUCUUGUACCUUGGAAGGGACGGCAACCAGCGCGCUCAUAGUCACGUACCAGAUCAUCGGAAACCACCCUACCGCUGCUAUACCAAAUGUAACGGGAUGCCGAUGAUCUGGGACGUUACUAAUGAGCGCCCUCCCUCUUAUGAUACUUUCAUAUAAUUCAAUAUAGAAAUAAUUUUUAACAACUUUUAACAAUAUUGUGUUGAUUUGAUAAAUAUGAUUAUGAUAACUCAAACAUUUACCACAGAAUUGCCUUGUUCAACCUCAAUUUUGUUUUAAAAUUCAGGCCAACUUGAUGUGAAGCUCCAUCUCAACAAGAAAGAUUCAACAACAACCGUUCCUAUAACUUAUCCCGUCAACAUUACAGGUAUUAUUUAGAAAAAUCCGAUUUUCUCCGGUUAAAUUAAAGAUUGCAUGUCCUGAGAUAGUUAAACGUGAUAGUAAACGGAUUUUGUACAAUUUAUCUACCGGUUGACUAAUCGCUUGGUAGGGAAUUUAUUCGCUGGACAGCGGAUAAACUCUGAUUAAGUUGGUCGUUUAACUUAAUCAGAGUUUCGUACAACCGGCCCCAGAACAAUAUCAGAGAGGUUAAGAUACCCCGGUUUCGGUGUACGUGUACGGGUAGCAUGAUUUUGGUUAGCAAUAUUUUCGUCGAUAUCUGUACCUUUACUCGUAAUUAAGGUGCACAUUUUUCGCAUUAUAUCAUUGUCUAUUGCAAGAAAACAGAAAAAGUAUGAUCGAAUUACAGACAUCAGUAAAACAAGAUGACACUACCCGUACCCGUACAUCGAAAGCGUGGUAUCUUAACCUCUCUAAUAACUAUAAACAUGUGGGUUAUCCAAGGAUUGUGACGCAGAAUAAAGACCAUACAGAAAGCCGACUCAGCCAAAAAAGCGUAACUGCCGCCACGCCAUGAUUCGUAAUGAUUCGUCAUCAAAAUGCACUCGUUCCUAGCCAAGUGCGUUUGUUUGAGGCAUUUACUCCCUAGAAUAUCCGCCAUGUUCAAUAUAUCCGGGGGUUGAGUGCCUUUCAUCAGCACACUUAAUUGCCAGUAACAUGACGACAGCAUUGCAACGGUUACCCCAAAAUUAUAGGCAAAGCCAAGAGUUCGGUCCUCCGUAAGGGUAUUGGGUAGCAAUGAUGUAAACAAACGUUAAGUUAACCGAUUUUCCAUCCCUUCAACCGCAUUUAAGAAAGGUAACUUGGUCUGUUACGAUACCAUUGUUAGUAUGGCAUAUAUGGAAGUGACCUCCCUGGCAGUUAUGACUACGGUAUCUUAAUCAUGACAUAAUUUUGUGCCGCAGGAAUGUACAAUAUUGAGUGCCUGGGACUGUAUUGUGGUGACUGCUCACUGGCAAUUUUCCUAUCAUUUGCUGGUCAUAUCAAGUGUGUUACAACGUCCAGUAUCAGUAUUGCACAGAAAAGCGUGGUAUCGCUUUUCGCGGAAAGCGUGUCAAUCUUACCUGGUAGUAAACCAAUAUAUGUAAGUCAAAUAUCUUACAACAACGAACAAGCUAAAUAUUUGGAAUAUUCGCACAGAUUGAACGCUUCAUGACGAUGAUUAUAUCUUUUUAUUCAUAUCUUAAUCUGCUACAGGAGUACUCUCUCACAACAACGAUUUUCAGAGAAGUCCCACCACUCAGAAUUUUAUACUAUUUGUUCUGGUGGGUUACAAGCCAAACGUUUCUAAUCAGUCUCGUCACACAUAUUUAAAGCUUGUUACAUUACAGGCCCACACUCUUACAGUAGUAAUUACCUCUUCUUAUUUUCUGAACGAAGUCUUUCCAAAAGAUAUUUAUUUAUUUAUAUAUUUAACUUCGCCAUUGUCAUGCAUUCAUGGCAAGGUCACCACAACAGUAUGGUACCAAUUACUGUGGGCCCUUUAAUUUUAAAUAGAUAAUAAAACACAAGUAAAACACAACGAAAAAGAUAGCACAACAACUCAAUAUUGUAUACUACUUUUUGUUCUUGGUGGGUUACAAGCCAAAUGUUUCGAAUCAGUCUCUUCAGACAUAUUUAAAGCUCGUAUCGUUACAGGUCCGCAAUCUUACAGUAGUUACCUCUUCUUAUUCUCUGAACAAAGUCUUUCCAAAAGAUAGCACCACAACUCAGUAUUGAAUACUACUUUUGUUCUGAUGGGUUACAAGCAAAACGUUUCGAAUCAAACUCUUCACACAUAUUUAAAGCUUGUAUCGUUACAGGCCCGCACUCUUACAGUAGUUACCUUUUUUUAUUUUCGGAACGAAGUCUUUCCAAAAGAUAGCACCACAACUCAGUAUAGUAUACUACUUUUGUUCUGGAUGGGUUACAAGCCAAACGUUUCGAAUCAAUCUCUUCAGACGUAUUUAAUUAUAAAAAUAAUAAUAAUCUGUUUAAUUAAUCACAUUACAGUAGAGACUGAAUUACAUGAUUAUAAGUAAAUACAUUAAAAAUUAAAUUUACAAAUAAAAUUGAGUUCGAACCGUUCAAUGUUCGUUCUGAAUAGUCAGUUUAAAUCUGUCCACAAUUUAUAAUUGGGUACCUGAAUAUACACGAGUACUACUAAAUCAAUAAUACAUUAAUAAUUAUACUUAACAGUUAUAACAUUUUGAAACCGUUCUGUGUUCGUUUGGAGUGACCAGCUUGAUUCGGACCUAAGAUUACAAUUAUGAGUAGUUGGAUGUAUACGAGUUGCAACAACAUCCUUAAGAGGAUUUAUAGGACCAUUGUCGAGCUUCAAUUUCCGAAUAAAUUGUUCGCAGGAAUUAUGUCUACGUGUACUUAACCUUUUUAGACCGGUAUAAUUCAAUGCGUCUCGAUACGACAUUUCGGGAAGCAAGAUACGUAAUGCUCUUCUCUGUAUCAAUUCGAUAAGGUCAGACUGGCCUUGGGAAGGAAGAAUAUAUAGUGACAAGGUCUUUAUCGCUUAACCCAGCCUUUUUUAACUUCCGCAAUGCAUAGAGACUGGAAUUUGCUUUGUUAAUCACAUAGCCAACAUGAUUACACCAAGAUAGAUCCUCUCUCAGCAGCACACCGAGCAGUUUAAAGGAGGAUACAGAUGCACUGGCGAACCAUCUAUAUAGAUCGCAUUAUCAAGUGGAAAGUGGUAUUGGAGGAAGGAUAUUAUCAUCUCCUUACAUUUCUUACUGUUAAGCUUCAGUCAUCUACCUGAGGCAUACUAGGAUAGGUAGCCUGAGGAUAGGUAGCCAGCUAGGAGAACAACGUGGAACAAUUUCUAGUGCAGUAGCAUCGUCUACAAACUUUAUCCGCCCAUUCCAGUCCUGUAAGAUGGAAUUGACUAAAAUGGCAAAGAGAAGAGGCCCAAGUUUAGUUCCUUGAGGUAGGCCACCGUUAACGGGUUUCCAUGAGGAAGUGGAUGAUCCGAUUUUUACACACUGUUCGCGGGAGGUAAGGAACGACUUUAUCCAUCUUAUAAUGACAGGACUCACUUGUAAUUUUAAAAGUUCAUCAAUAAUGACAUUAUGGUCGAAGAGAUCAAAACCUUUUUGGAAAUCAGCAAAAAAGAUUCUUACAGAGCAGUGGCCUUGAUCUAAAGCAGCAUGAAUCACGUGGAGGAGAUAAACGAGUGCCUGAGUGGUUGACUUUCCCGGAAGAGCAAAUUGCUUUGGGUCUAAUUUAUGACCCACUUCCGACAUGAGAGACUGUAGCAUAAAUCCUUCCAUCUCUUUAGAUACCUGAGCUGUGAGUGAUAUAGGUCUUAAAUAUCCUCAAUAGUCUGAGGUGGUGACACUUUUGGAAUGGGAACGACGAUAGAACGUUUUAGCUAAUCAGGGAAGACUCCCUGAAGCACUGAUGUAUUGUAAAUGUCCAUUACGACAGGGGAAAAUUCAAAAGCAAAGGUUUUCAGAAUCCUAUUUGGGAUACCGUCUUGGCCACGUCGCAACACUGAAUAAACUUGCCCUAUAUUUACGAGUAGAUGAUUGGGAACUUCUGUCUCCUGGUCAUCGGUGCAUUCUAGCAAAGGUUUAAAAUGCGAAGUAAGUCCAACAAGAUAUCCGUUAUAUGACACAGCAAGGUCCUCACAGGUGGGGUUUACUUCAGAAAGUAGUUGAUGUACCCAAGAUUCAUAAUUUAAAGCUUGUAUCGUUACAGGUCCGCAAUCGUACAGUAGUUUCCUCUUCUUAUUUUCUGAACGAAGUUUUUCCAAAAGAUAGCACCACAAUUCAGUAUUGCAUACUACUUUUUGUUCUGAUGGGUUACAAGCCAAACGUUUCUUAUCAGACUCUUUACACAUAUUUAAAGCUUGUAUCGUUACAGGCCUGCACUCUUACAGUGGUUACCUUUUCUUAUUUUCUGAACGAAGUCUUUCAAAAGGAUAGCACCACAACUCAGAAUGUUAUACUAUUUGUUCUAGAUGGGUUACAAGAUAAACGGAGACUGCAACUCGACUUCAAAGAUUAAACAUUCAAAUUUUACCUUUUCUGACGUUUUAUCCAAAAUUGGGCAAGUUCUUAUAGAACGUAAGUAUACUAAGUAACAAAUGUGUUUUCUCGCAACACAACAUGCAAAUUGAGACAACGUUUACACUACGUCGAAGCGGUUUGAAAUUGGCAGGGUAAAGUCACAAUUAGCCGUCGCGUUCGUACUACUGCGGAGCGAAUUGUUUGAAAACGCCCGUUUUGCUGAAACAAUCUGGGCACGAUUUCUAAACGAAGCGAAAUAAAAACGGAGCGCUUGGUGGCUUCGUGUGAACAGCGGCACCGCCUUUAUAUUACUCCACUUUAGCAUUAUUUAAUUAUUUUUUACUUUGGCAUAGUUUUAUUAUCAUUUUAUUAUUAGUUUUUUAUUUUUAAAAUUGUUUUUAUUAUUUGAGCUCGUUUUUCGAAUCCGUGCCGAAACUCUAACGGCUUAGUGUGAACCGACGUAAAACGUGGUGUCAAUAUUUCAUUCCAAUGUGAACUUAGUCUAACACCGAUGUUCUCUGUUUUUCUUUACAUAUACCUAAAAGUUCAAAUCUACAACUUUUAAUCAACUCCCAGUCCUAAAUGUUUCUUAUGAUUUUUACCUCAGCAAUGACACUGACGGAGUGCCAGUUAAAGUGGCCAGAUUUGUGUGAAGAAAAUAGCACUGUAAAUGUUCAUGGAUGGCGUGACGAGAUAGACAUGUCAUACGACAAUAGUACGUUCAAUAUUCUAGUAUUUAAAAUGUGCAGUGUCCAUCAAUGAUAUGAGGUGAAUAUUAAGAAUUUAUAAAUCCUGAUCCUUAAAGCCAUUCGGCUUUUAUUCAAGUUCCAUAGUUCACCAACCGAUUUAAUUAACACAUAUUUGGAAAUCCAUUACUCCGUAACGAAUGUUGAAUUUUAGGUGUUAUUAUAACUGUGUAUAUUCAAUAUUACCCAUAGGGCAGAGCCUGAUUUGCUCAGAGAAAGGAAAAUAAGGCUCUUUGUUUUCGUGUUUGAUUUCCGUUGAACAUGCUCUGUUACGAAUCCGUAAAAACGUGUCAAAAAUAGAAUCCGUUGUAUUCUUAGAAUGCGUGGUAUUUAGCAAAGAUUAGAAAACUAAUCGCAUGCAGUUUUAGCUACAAGCGGAGCGCACACUGCACGUGUGCUGUACAAUUAUAGCAACAAUUCCAAUUUACAGUUAAACUUUGAUAGCUCAGUUCAAACAAAUGGUAAUCUACUUACUUCGUGAUAUUUUUAACAGAGUCAUCUCAGUUUGGGCAAUAGAUGCUUAUGUUGUAAUUUCACGUAUUCUUUGAUGUCUUGGUAUUAGGAGAAUUGCACAUCUUGUCAAGUAUUGGAAAUACGACAUCUUUCUUUUCGUACGAGUGGAUUGAUUACCACAGUUUUAUCAGCAUCACUGGAAUAUGUAUGGAAUUUCUUUAUAAAAUAAAUGGUGACAACAACAUUUUGGCAAUAUAUUUCAAAUCUUUCGCCGGGACGGAGAAGUUAGCUUGGAAGUUGCAAGGUAACCAUGGCAACGCAUGGAACAGUGGAAGAAUUACAUACUGGCCAAGCGAAUCUCUUUCGGUAAUAAGUAUUUGGUGUAAAGUUGAUAAAAUUUUUAGUUCGUUGUUUGAUUAAUUUUGCUCGUGUUUUUUGUAUGUUUGUUGAUGAUUGUUUAUCUGGUGCUAUCUUCCUUUUUUCUUUUCAAUUUCUUCAUUAAUAUAUUUAAUCUGUAUUUUAGUUUGUUAUCAAAGCUCAGACAAUUCAACCAAAUACAACAGUCGCUAUAGGAAAUAUUUUAGUCACAACAGAAUCAUGCAAGAGCGAUGUCCGUCCUAUUCAUGCUGAUCCAGGUAAGACAAAUGAAAAGCUCAUCAAAGAAUUUUCCUUCGUUUCCUGUCAGUUUUUCACUUUAGCAUAAGACAUAUGUCAAACGGUGAAUGGGAUUUUAUUUUAUUGAAUUGUUUAAACUAUUAUUUGGUUAUAAUGGGAAAAUAUAGUAGUACGUGACCUUAUAAGAUUGUAAUUUAUCGUGUAAUAUUUCCCAUUUAGCAUACGUAUGUUUAUCGUUUCAAUUUCACUGUGCCAAUGGAGAGUGUGUCAAUGCAGAUCUUGUCUGCGAUGGAGAUGAGAACUGUAUUGAUGGUUCGGAUGAAAUAUUUUGUGAAUGUCUUAAUGACGAAUUCAAAUGCGAGCGAUCUGGGGAAUGUGUUGAUGCUAGAAAGCUUUGUGACGACGUAAAGGAUUGCGCUGAUUCGAGUGAUGAGCAGUACUGCCGUAAGUUUUGACUCUUCAACCUGCUAGUGGAUUUCCUUUACGCAUAAAAUUCUGUAAUACAAGUUAUUUCCAAAUGGAAAAUUUAAUUAUUGAAUUUAUAAAUUAACGAGUAGUACGGUAUAUGUUUCGUGGAAUGGUUCAUGUUCUGGAACUCGUUACCAGAACAUUCAAUAUAUAAAUUAUUGUUUCCUACUAGAUAAAAGUUGCAAGGCUGAAGAAUUUUACUGUCCUAGUGGUUUGUGUGUUCCUUGGAAUUUGACAUGUAAUGGGGUUUGGAAUUGCCCGGAUGGAGCAGAUGAACCAUCUGUUUGUAGCAUAGGAGAAGGAAGUAAGGAAAUGUGAUUCUUUGUCCUUGCAUAGAUUUGACGGAAAAGUGUAUAAAACAUUUGUCUGUUGACAGCAUUUUAUUGAUUUGAUAUUGAAAUCAUAUUGCAGUAAUUUCCCUUUUAUUACCACUAUUUUUUAGGAAACGAGACAUGUAGUCUGGAUAAUCUUGGCUGUUUACAAUAUUCACACUCAAAUAACACUUCUUGUAGAAACAUUGCUGGUUAGUAGUUCUUGUUAAAUUUAUGUGUAGUUUACUGUAUAUAUUUAAUGUUAGUGAUAUAAAAUUUCCAUUAUUUUAAAUGGAAAUAUUCGAGUGUUUUCCAAAUAAUUGUGUGCGAUGAAAGCAAUAAAAUGCACCGAUUUAUAUAAUUCAGUAGUGGCCAGGCAUGAUUGUAUUUCUCGUCAGUCUAAAUAUUCUCGUCUGUAAAAUGUUUCUUUUCAUAAAAUGGAAAGGUAUGCCUCAUUUCACUACCAAGGUUUCAUGCUAGGAAAAGAGGAAAAGUGCAGGAUUUGAUUAACACGGAUUUGUACCGAUUGCCAAUGCACGGCCAAAUUUUAAAUUCUAGGUAAUUGCGAUUUUGGUAAAGAAGGUCUUUGUACCUGGGAACAGAUCCACAAUGGUCAGGACAACUUUGACUGGUCAUUUAACGCCGGCGAAACUUCAUCCAAGGGAACUGGUCCAAAAGUGGACCACACAACUCGUUCUGAAAAAGGUUAGAUUGUGUGGGUUUUUUUUCAUCGGAACACUAAUUUUGUAACUCACCAUAAAAUAUCAUUAAUAAUUUAGGGCUCUGUGUCAAAUCGAAUUUUAUUUCAGGAACAUCCCUUUACAAACCAGCAUAACUAAAAUUCUAAUUAGUUAGAACUAAGUACUAGUGUUCUAACUCCUCUGUUACAACUUACAACCAUACAUGAAUGCCAUAAAUACGUGAAUGCCAUAAACUUACUACUUACGUCCGAAGUAUAAUCACAGCAGAUUGGUCUUUGCAUGCUUCGAUCGAUACAGCAAGACCGCUCAUGUUAUAUACAAUACAUUGUUAUAAAAUCAUUGGAUAUAAUACAAUGCUACAUUUUAUACCAAAAUAUAGCGUAUUCUGCAUCGUCUUCUGCUGCUGACUUAAGUAUUUUUUUUCUAGGAUGGUACAUUUAUAUCGAAACAAGUUCUCCACGAGUCAAGGGUGAUAAAGCCGUUCUUAAGUCUGGCCCUUUUAAUAAUGACGUAAACUUUUGUUUCACAUUUUACUAUCACAUGUUCGGUAAUAAUAUCGGUAGCCUCAGUGUGUACCAGGAUUGGAAUACAACCGAAAAACAACUACUUUGGACAAGACAUACGUCAGCUGGUAAUGGUUGGAUGAACGCCUGGUUUGAUGUUGAAUCUGACAAAGAGUUUUAUGUAUGUAUAAGCAUGCGAAGUAGUGAAUCCCAAUAUGAAGGAGUGUCUGGCGUUGUCUUUGGUGAAAUAUAAUCCUAAGGGAAUUUAAGCAUCCAAAAUGGCAACAAUACAAUGAAAGGAAACGAAUAAUUUAAAGUAGUCUUAGUGAUUCUAACUUAAUGCCCUUCUCGCUUUGUUGAUAUCAUUCAGUGGAAAACUUAACGCAAUGAUAUUACAUGCAGGACACAGUUUUCUAUGUAUCACUUGAAAGACUGUCAAUCGUUGUGUCCUUUCCGUCGUGUUGCCAUCCUCUAGGUCUUAGGUUCCUAUUAUCUAACCUGAAACAUUUCUUCUGAAUUGCAGUUAUUGAUUGAAGGUGUUCGUGGCAAUGGAUCUCAGGGAGAUAUCGCAAUUGAUGAUAUUAUCAUGGUUGAUAAAAACUGUUCUCAAGUUUAUGACGGUAUGGUGAAUACUUGGUUUACUGGAAAUAUUAUGAAAUAAACAACACAAGUAACUCCAAAUAUGACAGUUUUAAAUUAUAUUGUGCUAUUGAAAAUGUUUAGUCAUUCGUUAUAAUUACGAAAUAUGUAUUAAUAUGCAUAUUCAAAUUGUUCAAAGUUGUCUUGAUUUGAAAUAUAUUGGAGAAGAAACGGUAUCUGUGAAGAAUUGUCCUUGCUUCACAGCCAUCAAUAGACAACACGCGUAAACUAAUUUUAUCCUAAUUUACUGUAGCAACCUCUCCAUUUUGUUCCUUCGAAGAGAGAUGUGUAUGGAGAUGGACGAAUGGAAAUUUUGCACGUAGCAGAGUUGAAGAGAGCAACAGCUAUGUUCUCAAAGGUUUAUUUUGUGGCAAUUGCAAUUACUAAUCACACUUGUGGCAACAUUACAACAAUCUAAUUUAUCUCUUAAUACAGUAAAAUUUCACGCCAAGAUUUACUAAAGUGUCUACUCCAAGAUUUACUUUGGUUUCUCAUGGGUGGGUUAUGUUAUAGCCCCCCCCCCGUACAAUUUCCCGGUUACUACGUCCCUGACCGGCGCUAUUUUGCUUUCUUUCCAGUCGGUCAAAUAUCGCGUCUUUCAAGUAAGUUUAGCUGAUGCGCAAGAAUGCCUUCAAUGUCCACCAUGUUUGGCUUCAAUUAUUUAGUUGGAGUCAUUCUACUGACCUGAACACUACAACAGGAUAAAGUAUUUUUUGAGUUCUAGCUUUGAAAUCAGACGACGUAUUUUAAUUAGCUACAUUAUUAGGCAAAUGUGUUUUUCUAUGUAAUUUAAAAGUCAUAGAUUCUUAAAUCUCUUCUAAUGAAUUUUAAAACUCCUUAAACACUAGAAAAUGAAACGUGUGGCAGCCAUCUUGGUGUGACAUCAGUUAUUCAAGGGCAAAUUUAAAGGGGGAGAGAGAGAAGUCACUGUUGAUAAAUUUCUUUUUAGAUAAGGUAUACUAUUUUCAACCGAUAGCUAGGAACUGUAAGAACGUUUUCCAGAAUGUCACAAUUUGUGGUGUUCACACCAAUAUGGCCUCCAUUGGCUUCAUUUACGUAUAGUGGAUCCAGUGUUAGUUUUCAGUACGGUGAUCCAGUCUUCCAUGUUAAUGACUUCGGUGACCUUCGCUGGCACAAGUCAUGUUUCAUGCAUAAAUUAUAUAUAAAUUAUACAAACAUUUGCAAUAAAUUGGCAAUGACUUAUUUUCAGCACAUUUAAACUAAAUUCAAACCAAAGUGGUUAGUCAACUUGACUAAAUUAUGAAUACUUGAUUAAAUGUAGCUAUGGUAACCAUUUUAUUCUCAGAUUUUUUUCUAAAGACAAAGACAUCAGGCAAACUAUGGGUGAUUUUAUCUGAAGAAAUGACAGAACAAUAUCAGUGCAUGACAUUUUGGUAUAAGUUUUAUUACUGCAAUGGUAUGUCAUUUAACUCCACUCAAGAACAUCACUGGAAUAUAAUUCAAAUGUCCCACAGUCUGUCAGAUGCACAGGGAAAUAGCCAAUGGCUGUUUGGCGAAAUGCCACUUGAAGGACGUUACGUGAAAUCGAAGGUAUAUUGAUUUGGAAUGGGAUGCCUGAACUUUAUCUUUCAUGUAGUGAUAAAAUAAUAUCGACGAACUUUAUUUUUAAAAUAGUAUACUGUUAUAAUAAUAUUGAGAGUUUUUGUUUUUCUUUUAGGUUACCUUUGAAGUAUUUAUCCAAUCCAGAACAACGUCUCAAUGUUACCUUGGAGUUGACGAAAUAGAUUUCUCUACAGAGACAUGUUCAAGUUUUCGGCAAGGUAUUUUAGCCAAAAUAUGACAUCCAGAUAUUUUAGGAUUUGUUUAAUAUUAAUCCCGGCGAAGAACCAGCCAGGUGUUACAUCACCUAGACAGGUAAUGUGAAAUCCAGCCCUAACUAUAUUCAUCUUUAAAGCAAUUUACUAACCACUGUAUUGGAGAUGUUUAAUUAAGUGGCAAAAUGCGAAAUAGUGACAUGAUCCGGUAUCUCAAUUCAUUUCAAAACUACAACAACAUGUAUGUAUAUAGAAAUAGAAAUCAGUCAUAAGCUAAUAAAUCAGAGAGCAUGCACGCGGAGACUGCAUGCCUCUGUCGGCGAGAGAAUGGCAUUCAGUAAUGGCAUCCAAAUAUUCACUUCUAUUUACAGAGGUGAAGCAUGUCCAUGAAAUGAUGCAACAUGUAUUCAAGAAACACGUUUGCAUUUCAUCUCAAUAGAGCAAACUUUAAUUAAGACUAGUGCUGUUGAUACUUCUUUAUCAGUCGAUUAGUGUAACUGUUUAAUUGUUAUAAAUUAUAAUAUUGUUUUAGCCAAUAUUCCAAACUUUCCAUUAUAAGGAAACUAGAAUACAAAAAAAUCAAAUUUCGAGAAUGACGCCUUUGAGAUAGAGACUCUUGCUUGACGCCUUUCAGAUAGAAUUUAUAGAAAGACUAUUAAUCCAUGAUAUUCGUGAUAAAAUGUGGCCACCCUAACGAUUGCAUCAUUCAAGCUUCCUUCUACCACCCGUUUCUACCGAAACAGUUGAUCUUGUACACCGAUUGUUAAGGAUUUUUAUGCGAAAACAACUUUAGAAUUGGAUGGGCGAUUGAUAUAUUAGUUGUUACGGUAAUAAUUUGACUUUCUAUUCAAGGUGGUGCAAUCUGGAUCCGAAAAUCGUCCAAAAUGUACAAAGCUUUGAAGAACGUAAACAAAGAUGGGACAAUUACGGUAUUUUAUAAUCCUCAGUUUCCACCAAGCUUCACUGAUAGUUCUACGAAAUUGGAUAUGCCAAGUUUUUUAGAGAUAGUCCCCCAAAAUCGUGUGAAUUACGUUGUAGAGGAUAUUAAGUCGUCAGACCACUCCAAGAUUGGCGUUGGGAAUAGAGUGUUUGUAGAGGAAAGCGUUAAUACUGCAGUCUUGGGAAUUGUGAUUUCAAAUGAGGACAAGUCUCAUAAGAUGACUGUUCGACUCGAUGCCGAUAGUUCAGACAUUGUGGUACGGAAUCAAAAGAUUUACCUCCUUCCUUAUCAAUUAGAUAGACAUGGUAAGUGAAUUUUGUAUAAUAAAUAAAGCACGUGGUCGAUGUUUGCAUGGGAGUUUUUAUUUUUACACUUCGGCUUUUGCCCUAUUAGCCAUUUCGAAGUUGAUGAGUGGACUCGGCACGAGUGUUGAAAAGUGCCCAUAUUAAGAAAUGAACCAAAUAACUAAAAAGACCAACUCAAAAUUAGUAAGUAUAUAUACAAAGUUUGAAGACGUUUACAUGAAUACACUUCGAAUAAUAAGCUUUCGAAAAUUGUAAUUAAACCAUUUUCGAAAGCUUAUUACUCAAAGGGUAUUUAUGUACACGUCUCCAAACUUUGUAUACUUACCAAUUUUAUUCAUGCUGGUCUUUUGAGUGAUUUUGUUCAUUAAUUUUCUUAAUUUGGGCACUUUUUAACACUCGUCCCAAGUCCACUCAUCCAUGGGCGUAGGAAGCAUCAAAAAGUUGGGGGGGGGCGGUUUCUGGAGGCACUUUUCGAAAGAAAAGGGGGGGUGCAACUCAAAUUUUUUUACGGACAUAUCAUUUCUUAGCAAACAUACAAAAAUACACAAUUUUUUCCGAAAAUAACAAAAUUUUUCCGGACAUACCAAAAUACUAAAAUAAAUGUAAUCAUAAAUCAAAGGCUAUUGAGGCAAACGGCGAUCUUAACGACAUUUUCACGUAGUCAGAAGGGCACUUUGCCACCGAAAAAAGGGCACUUUUGAAAACUUGGGGGGCCUGCCCCCACCCCCCGGUUCCUACGCUCCUGCUCUCAUCAACUUCGGAAAGGCUAAUUAUUGCACUUAAAUGCAAACACAUACAUAUAAAUGGUCAUGAUUAUCCACAAUUCAGUUAGAGAUGGAGCUCAUGUUUUUCGGCAAAAUGGAAAGAAAAAGUUAACUUUUUCAAUUCAGAUGAAAUUAGAUCAGACUUAGAGAGAUGCACUAAUUAGAAAGUGCUACAAUGAAUAAACUCAAGCCGUGUUCUGUAUAAUCAUAAAUUACUUCUAAGGGGUAUUUUUAUCACAUCUUAUCUGAGCAAUGAUAUAGUGCAUUUGCUUUGGUUUAAUUAUCACAUAAUUUGUGUUUUUUUCUACAGGCCCCACUUGGCUGAAAACCGAUAAUAUUUAUUGCUUGAACAACCCUGGUAAUCAUGAGAUAUGUAAUUUUCACUCUGAACUUCCAAUGAACUGGUUUGACGGGGUCGACUUUUGCAAGACACGAGGAGCAGAAAUGGGAAAAUUUUACUCGAAAGCUGAAGAAGAUUACUAUCGAAAAUAUCGUGGUUUGUUGUUAUGGGUUGGUUAUCAUGGACAUAAAUACCAGGGGAAUAAGUUCGUAUGGAGUGAUGGUAGUGACGAUGUAUACAACAGACUAGAUAAAAAGAGUCUGAGACAAGGAUUUUCCGCUGGUCUAUGUGUUUUGGUUCCAAAUUCAAAUUUUACGUCCUGGGAACGAAGAAAUUGCAGCGAAACUCAUCGAGUUCUUUGCAGUCAACCCGGUAAACUUAUACACUAGAGAUGUUUUUAUUAAAGAUAGGCCAAGGUUGGGGCAAUGGAUUCUUGGGCUCACCUCAUCUUAUAUACCAUGCACAUAAUUAGCUAUAUAUAUAAAAGAAUAUAAUAAUUAUAGCAUUUUUUUAUCUCAUUGUUGAAACUACAGCCUGUUUCAUGAAGAACCAUGUAGCCUACACCUCCCUAAUGAUUCCUUUAUUGAAUGAAAUAAGUUGUAAGGGAAAGCAAAACUAUACUUUGAUCUCUAUCUAUAUGAUAUCUGUUGUGACGUUUUAUAAUAUUAAGAACUCAUUAAGAACUCAUUAAGAACUCAUUAAGAACACAUUCAGUUGGAACUUACUAAGUUAUUUAGCUGAUUAUGCAGCGUAUUAUUAGUUAGAUUAUCUAGUAUAUUGUUAUGUUAAUAAAGUAAAAAACCCAUAAAAAUAGAACGUUAUUUUAGACUUAUAUAAAUAAUACUGUGUAUGUAGUCGGUAAAAGUACAUGUCAAAAAUACAAUUCAGUGAAGCCGAUAUUUGGGUUUAUAACAUUGGCGACGAGGAGUAAACAAAGUUAGUAUGCCUCCUAGAUCGAGAAAGGUGUUAAAAAUCGAAGAAUUCGAGCCAGACGAAGACAUAUUAGAAACCACAUGCAAAUAGAAAUUGUGGAGACGAAGACUCGAGAUUCAAAUGAAAUAUUUCGACAUCGUAAAGCCAGACGAUAUGAAAGCAGCGUUGUUAGUUCAUGGUGGCGACAAAAUCCUUUCGAUAGACGAGAACGGAGCUGAACCAGAAGGCGACUUGGACGAAUACAAGAAGCUUAUAGCGAAAAUUGAGCAUGUAUACGUGGCGAAAAACACGAGAUUGCACGCGAGGUUGAUUUAACAAAGCCGUUCGACAAUCGAAUCAAUCUAUUGCUCAAUACGAACUCGAACUUCGACGACUCGCUAAAGAGUGUGACUUUCACGGAUACGACGAAGAAAUGAUUUUAGACCGUUUGAUAUUAACUUGCAAAGACGAAAGCCUGCAAGCGAAAGCGUUGGAAAACAACUGGUCACUCGAAGACUUCUUAAAGUAUGCGACUACAAAGCAAGACGUCGAAGCACAAAGAAACGAAAUGAAAAUGGAAAUUAAGAAAGAAUCACUCGAAGUACGAAGAGUAGCUGAUAAAAGAUUCUCGAGAGGAAAAUCGCAAAAGCUGUACUCGUUUAGAAAUCGCGAAAACCCGAGAAAACCCGUCAGCGACGUGAAAGAUAACAAAACCUGCACGAAGUGUGGUCGUGACAAAUCACAUUCUACAUGCCCAGCUGCCGAAAAAGAAUGUUUCAAUUGUCGAAAGAUUGGUCAUUUCCGUGCACAGUGUUUCUCAAGAAAACCCGACAGCAGAUCGAAGCAAGUAAAAGCUGCUGGCUUGCAUGGUGGUUCUGUGAUGAAUGAUUUCCAACAAGAUUCUGUCGACUCGUCUGAUUCCGAUCCUGAGUUUUACAAAUAUGUGAGCGAGAAAUUGGGCAUACGGGCAGUAAAAGGACAAAAUACUAGCAACAUUUUGUUACCUGUUUAGGUCUGUGGAACCAAGAUUAUCGUUGAUCCAGAUACCGGCGCUGAUGUCGACCUAAUCUCAGUUAAAGAUUUCAAGAAAAUUCAUGAAGCAAAUCCUGAGAUCAAGAAGCAAAUAAAGAAACCAAAACAGAAGAUCUACGCCCUGAAUGGCGAAGAGCUGGAAGUUAUGGCUACAAUUAAAGAUGCAAAGUUGUCAAACAAGAACGCAGAAACACUCACUGAUCUCUACGUUAUUGAGGACGGUAUUCAUAAAUUCCCAUUAUUAUCAGAAAGAACACUGAUGAAUCUUGGUAUGAUUAAAUACAGCGCUGAGGGAGAGUUUGUGAAGAAAGUUGACGCGAGAAAGAGCGAUGAUACAGAAAGAAAGUGUAAACCUGAUGAUAAAGUACCACAGGAAGAGCUCAGAAAGAUCCUGCAGAAACAUAAGAAGAUGUUCCAAGGUAUAGGGACAUUAAAGAAUCCUGAAACAGGAGAGCCAAUCCUCACUCAUAUCGAGAUGAAUGCCGAUGCAAAACCAGUCAUACAACCUCCAAGACCUGUCCCACACCAUCUCGAAGAAAGAACCAAGAAGAAAUUGGAUUACUUUGUUCAAGAAGGGAUAAUGACUUGGAUUAAACCAGGAGAACCGAUUUCAUAUGCCAGUCCACUUGUCAUCACACCAAAAGGAGAUGAUGAUGUUCGCAUCACUGCAGACUUCCGAGUGGCAAACAAAGGAGCAUCGAGAACCCGCAUCGUACCUGGUCUACGAGUAGACGAAUUGUCGGCAACGUGUGGAGAGUGCAAAGUGUUUUCACAUCUUGAUAUGAACAAUGGCUACCGCCAAAUGAAACUUGACGAGGAUUCCAAGAAAUAUCUAGUAGUGACCACGCCCUGGGGAAAUUUGAAGCAUGAAACGCUUGCACAGGGAUGGAUAACCAGCCAAGAUGAAUUCGACAGACGAAUAAAUGAGAUUCUAGCGGGAAUUCCUCACGUAAAGAGUAAUCGAGACGACUGUCUAAUUGGUGGGAAAGAUCGAAACGAGCACAACAGAACACUCGAUCUAGUCCUAACACGUCUGCAAGACCAUGGAUUAACAUUAAGAUUGGAGAAAUGUGAAUUUGGAAAGGAGGGAGUCGAGUUCUAUGGUGUCAGAUUUACGGGAGAAGGAAUCAAACCAUCGAAGGCGAAAGUUAGAGCGUUGCAAGAAUGUGGAGAGCCCAGUUCAAAAGAAGGAGUAAGAAGCUUUAUGCAGAUGGUGGGGAAUAUGUCUCGAUUUAUCACCAGCGUUGCCCAGAUUGCCGCAUCGCUGCGACAGUUAAACGAAGUCAACCUCAACCUUCCAUUGGGGACCUAUAGAACAGGAAGCUUUCGAUAGCUUGAAGAGCAGUUUGACGCAGCAAACAACCCUUUCCUACUUUGUUCCCGAAAGACCGAUAAGAAUUUACGUAGAUGCGGGAAAGAAAACAGAGAAAUCGAGCAACGUUCCUGGAGGACUAUGUGCUAUUUUAUGCCAGCACGGUGGCGACGGACAGUGGAAAAUGUGUCACGUAGCCAACCGUGCCUUAACUGACGUUGAGACAAGAUACGGACAGACUGAGUUAGAAGCAGCUGCGAUUAAGUUUGCUUGUGCUGACGCCCUUUAUAAGUACUUGGUUGGAGCGCCAAAGUUUGAACUCUUUACGGAUUGCAAACCGCUUGUACAUCUCUUCAACAAUCCAACCUCAAGAGCACCACUGCGUAUCGAGCGACAAAUUCUCGCCAUUCAAGGUUUAGACUAUGUGGUCAAAUAUCAGAAAGGAGCUGAGAACAUUGCGGAUUAUGGAUCAAGACACCUGACGAGGAGACAUGAUGACAUUCCCAUGGUGAAGUCCGUGAACGAGUUAGACGAAGGAUUACGAACUUUUGUCUCUGAAGACAACGAGUACCUUUCCAGAAUGGCAAAAGACGACAAUGAUUACCAAUUCCUAAAAGAAGUAAAUCAAAGAAACCUCUGGAAGAAACACGGAAAAGAUCCAAGAGUUUCAAGAUUCCUCGGAGUAGCGUCCGACUUAUCUGUUGUUGGAAAAAUCAUCCUGUGUAAGGACAAAGUAAUUCCGCCUUUGAGCAGUCGAAGAAGAUUUGUCGAGAAAGCACACAAGAUUGGGCACUCGGGAGAGACCCGCACGCUGAAACUUCUUCAAGAAAAGAUUUGGUUUCCUGGAAUUUCUAAACUCUGUAAACAAGCUGUACAGAAUUGCCAAAGCUGUCAAGUCACUCAUGAUCGCACCUAUGACGAGCCUCUUCAAUCAACACCAUUGCCACCAGGUCCUUGGCAUACAAUCUCUGUGGAUUUCAAGGGACCAUUCAAAGAUGGAACUUACGCCCUGGUCGGAUAUGAUCUUUACUGCCGUUAUUCUGUUUAAGCUACUGCAGAUCUACAGCGUUCUCGUGUGUGAAACCGAUCCUUGACUCGUGGUUUUCAACAUUUGGUACAGUGAAGAAGCUGAAAUCAGAUCGAGGACCUCCAUUUAACGGACAUGAAUUCAGUGCAUUUGCUCGCGAGAGAGGAUUCAUUCACAAACCGGUGAAACCCAGACAUAGGCGUACCGGGCGGGGGAGCUGAGAAAUUCAUGCAAAACGUGAAGAAGAUGGAGAGAAUUGCGAAACAAGAAAGGAAGAAAUAUCGCUAUCUCAUUGAAGAAAUGUUAAAUGCUUACCGUGCCACACGGCAUCCUGCUACAGGGAAAAGUCCAUUCGAGCUCAUGUUUGGGAGAAAAAUGCGACUUGCAGUAUUGCCAGAGAUCUCAGAAAUACCCGAACGUGAUAACCACCCUGAAGUCAGUCAAAAUGAUGCCUUGUAUCAGUUGAAGUCGAAAAGAUACCACGACAAGCGCAGAAAUGUGAGAAAGUCCAGAAUUGCUGUUGGAGACAAGAUUCUCAUGAAAAACAAACGGACAGAUCCACUUAGCCCGAUUCCUGGUAAAGUGAUCAAUGUACGUAGAAACGCCGUGACAGCUCGAUUUGAUAACGGGAAAGUUUUUAUGUGAGACAAGUCACAUUUCAAGAUUGUACGAGAAAGAUCUUACGUCGAAAAGCUAGAAAGAGUACGAGAAGAACAAACGUUUCAAGACAACAUACUCAACCAGAGCAGAAUCGAUCAGAGUACGCGAGACGUCCUGCCAGACCAGAUUAAUCGUGACGAAGCAGAUCAAUUGAUGAAUUCACACAAGAGCAGCACUAACGAUCGGAAACAGCCGAUUUACGUGACGCGCCGAGGUCGCGAGGUUUAUCCGCCGGAUCGAUUCCAAAUUUGAGGAAAAAUGGAAUGUUUUGAGAAUAUUAUGAACGUUUUAUAAUAUUAAAAACUCAUUAAGAACUCAUUAAGAACUCAUUCAGUUGAAACUUACUAAGUUAUUUAGUUGAUUAUGCAGCGUAUUAUUAGUUAGAUUAUCUCGUAUAUUGUUAUGUUAAUAAAGUAAAAAAACCAUAAAAAUAGAACGUUAUUUUAGACUUAUAUAUAAUAAUACUGUGUAUGUAGUCGGUAAAAGUACAUGUCAAAAAUACAAUUCAGUGAAGCCGAUAUUUGAGUGUAUAACAAUAUCGAGCACUCGCUACCAUUUCGUGAACCAAAACACACUCAUAAUAAUACGCUCCUUCACUUCGGUGUUGUAGAGCACUUUGUGGAGUUAAUUGGGUGUCCAUCAGCGAUAAUGCAAAGCUCACUUCCCUUGUGGUUAUAUUAUCACUCUGGCCCCAUGUCACUCUGCGCAUGUCUGGAUGCGUUGAUGGCUCGUGUUGUACCACACGCGCUUGGGAGAGCAAGUGUCAUGUGUAUCAAUACGAAAGUCAUUGCGUGUCCAGAUAUAUAUAUAUAUAUAUAUAUAUAUAUAUAUAUAUAUAUAUAUAUAUAUAUAUAUAUAUUAACCUCCCAAAUACGCGCCUACAAGUAUUGCAAGCUUGAUUCUGACUCAAUCAUCAGAGAAAGUUGAGAAGAACCAGUAUGUACGUAAAAUAUCAAAGUUGUAGCUGCAAGAAAGGUGCAGCCAUGCAAUUAAAGCUCGUUCAGGAGAUUCAGGAAAAGCAGUGGGUAUUUGUGUAACCAGGUAAAAGCUACAAGUUCGCAAGAAAAACGUAUUAACCAUAGAAGUCAAUAUAGUGAGCUCAACAGUGUAUUGUUUGUUUGUCUUGUAUAGUUAAGGAUGUAUGGACAGCGCAUCGUUACAUUUGUGGUGGAGUACAAACAUUAAAGUGUGCCUUCCUGAGCACUGUAAUGCACGUGAAAGUUGCAGAAUUAUUUCCAGUUAACCCAGGUGUAUGCUCAACAUCAGCGAUUACCAACAUUACUUGUCUUCGGUUGUUACUUGCUUUGAAACCUCAGGCUCUUGCCGAAGUAAGGAUGAAAUGUGAGGGAAGAAAUCAGUGUAAUAUUUCAUCGAAAUCAUUAUCAAAUGAUCCAUGUCCGUCUGUGAGAAAAUAUUACGAAGUUAACUACAAAUGUGAAUUCAAGUCAAGUGGCUAUCCAGGUAAAACCAAAUGUUACAUAGUAGUAGUAAUGUAGGUGGUUUUCGACACUUUUUUGAGGGUGCGUAAGGGUGCUGAAAGUGCGCUAAUUAAUAUUCAUACAAAUGAGGGUGCGUAAGGAGAUGGAGUGUGGUGGAGUGAGGCUGAGGUAAUCACUUGUCUGCAGGUAAUUACUGUGCAAGGGGCCCGCAAAUUUAGACACAAAGAAUAGAAUCGAAAGGGGAUAAAUGCGGACAUAAGGCUUACGCAUGACGUCCUAAUGAUAUGCGAGGCGAGCCAUUAAACUGAGCUCAGCAUUUUUGUCACAACAGCAUUAGCUUUUUAAUUAGCGUCGCUACAAAUUUUCCAAACAGUUGAUCUAAGCACAGUCUUUGAUCGACAGUCAACGGAUAACAUGGAUAUAAUUUUUGACGAGUUGAAACGAAAAGAAAUUGAUGUUGAUAAGCAAACUUUAUCGUUUCAUAUAACUACAAUUAAUCAACAUCGAGAUGUAUACCGUGAAAUGAAUACUCGUGGUCUAAACCUUGAACAAGUCUACAGAAAUAUCAAUGUUACAAACUUUGGUCGUAUUAUUACCUAUUUAGCUUUCAUAUGUUUACAAAAUAAUAGCGAGGAAUCUAUUAGUCAUAAAAGUCGAGACAUAUUUUAAACAGAACUAAGCAGUUGCUAAUCCCAAUUAAACAUGGUUGUCAACGCCGUUGGUCGAUAUUUAAAAAAGUGUUUAACCCGCCGACCCCAUGUGGAUACAAUUUUUUAUUUCGCCAUGGCCAAGCGAAAUAAAUACAAGGUAAGAUAUUUUCGUUAUGGCAAACAUAUUGAUAUAUGUACAUACAUAUAUAUAUAUAUAUAUAUAUAUAUAUAUAUAUAUAUAUAUAUAUAUAUAUAUAUAUAUAUAUAUAGCUAAUUCAAAAAAGGUUGUCCUUUGCAAACCUUAAACUCUAAACCUUAAACCUUAAACUCUAAGCGCGCAAAGCAUAAUGGGAGUACUGAUUUCAAGCUUUGUAGUUGAAUAUUGCAGCUGUUUGUGAGUGAAAUGAUUUCGCAGGCACAUAUUUACCAUGUCUCUAAGAAAUGGGCUCCAUGUAUGCUUUCUAAACUGCUUAAAUAGUGCUCCCAUUACGCUUUGCGCGCUUAGAGUUUAAGGUUUAAGAUUUUUUGACAACCUUUUUUGAAUUAGCUGUAUAUAUAUAUAUAUAUAUAUAUAUAUAUAUAUAUAUAUAUAUAUAUAUAUAUAUAUAUAUAUAUAUAUAUAUAUAUAUAUAUAUAUAUAUAUAUAUAUAUAUAUAUAUAUAUAUAUUUAUAUAUAUAUAUAUAUAUAUAUAUAUAUAUAUAUAUAUAUAUAUAUAUAUAUAUAUAUAUAUAUAUAUAUAUAUAUAUAUAUAUAUAUAUAUAUAUAUAUAUAUAUAUAUAUAUAUAUAUAUAUAUAUAUAUAUAUUUAUAGAUUUGAAGAUUUGUAAUCCAGGCAUUUUAUUAAAUUAUAAUUUUUACAAAAUUAUACAGUGUUCUCCGGAUUGUAAUAAUUAUAAACAUUAUUACAAUCCGGAGAACACUGUAUAAUUUUGUAAAAAUUAUAAUUUAAUAUAUAUAUAUAUAUAUAUAUAUAUAUAUAUAUAUAUAUAUAUAUAUAUAUAUAUAUAUAUAUAUAUAUAUAUUACGGAAACUAACACUGUCGAACACGCUGAGUUCAAAUCCGAAAAGUUCCCGCUCCGUAGACUUGCAGUUUUCUCACAAACUGCAAUUUUAUCUUCACUAAUUUCAUGACAAAUUUUUUCAUUGUUCAACGACACUGAUCGAUGACGACAAACGAUUAAGUCACUCAAUAGGACCAAUCUCUAUUAACCAGUCUUCCUUUUAACAAAAGACCGUUUUUCACGAAACAUUUUGAGUUAUGUAAUAUUAUGCGUGUUGGACAUAAACAACAUAUCUUGUCUACAGCUUUGAGAAGGCACAGAUAAAGCUUUCUAAAAUCCUCAGGUCUGGUUUUAUCUCUACAAAAUGACAAGGACGUUAAGUCCGUCUUUAAGUCUUUUGGUUGUGUCUUUGGGCUGAGAAAUAAUUCCUUACAUGCGAUAAAAAUGUUUUAUACAACGAUGUAAAACGGUAAUGUUAUGUACUGGAUCAGCAUUAUUUUAAUUUCCAACGCAGUUUCUGAGACGUAAUUUAAGAGGUAGCUUAUCAUCGCAUUUGAACCAUUAUAUCAGUUGGUGUUAUACUGUUCAAUUAGCGAGUAUUAUUGGAAAGGGGGCUUUCAUAUACGUUGAAAUUAUCAAAUAAACAGCUCAUGCACACAUUUCCCCACUUCGUCGUAUGUUAACAGAGCAGUUUUUAUACUUUGGCACUAAUCUUUGUGUUUGAUUUGAACAUUUAUUCUUCUAGUUUAAGAUUAUUUAAAAUUUAUCCUGUUGUAAGUCUUUUACCAGCAACCUAUCGACAAUAUUUCAUUUUAGCGUUGUCUUUGCCGUUCCGUUGGAUUCGCGUUACUUUUGUUUUAAAUGCCUUGAUCGCGUUAAAAUAGUUAUUUCUCAGCCCAGAGACAUAGCCAAAAGACUUAACAUUAACGUCCUUGUGAUUUUAUAGAGAUUAGAGACAGAACUGAGGAUUUUAGAAAGCUUUAUCUGUACCUUCUCAAGUUGUAGACAAGAUAUCUUGUUUACGUCUAACACGCAUACUAUUACAUAACUCAAUAUGAUUUGAGCAAAACCGGUCUUUUGUUAAUUGAUCAUUUUGAGUGACAUAAUCGUUUGUCGUCAUCAGUUCGUGUCGUUGAACAAUGAAAAAAGUUGUCGUGAAAUUAGUGAAGAUAAAAUUGCAGUUUGUAGGAGAACUGCAGGUCUACGGAUCGGGAACUUUUCGGAUUUGAACUCAGCGUAUUCGAAAGUGUUAGUUCCCGUAAAAAUAUUUCAGUUCCAAGACAUGGGAAAUGAAAGUGAACGAUAUCCGGACGCAGCAAACGGCCUAAAAAGUCGUUAAAGGAUUAUAACCAAAAUUUUAAUUUCUUAAUUAAAUUAAGUGUUUGGAUAGAUAGGGAUUAUAUAUUACGCAGGCGUACACUUUAAAAUAGGGCACGUGGCUUUGCGCGCAUAAAAUUGCACCAGAAUUUAGAUUACUUCUUCAGAACGUUUUAUAAGAAUUAGUACGGUAUAUUUCUGAGAGCGUAUCCCUCAGGUGUGUUUUGUAGAGCGGAUAACUGUAGUUCUUAGGCAAGUCAUAAAAGGCAGGUGUUCUUUUUGGCGGGUGGGAAAAUUUUUAUGUAGCUCGGAGACACUCUAAAUAUCUUGGAACAGAGCUCUCAAUAGCUCGGAGCCACACUAAAUAGCCCGGAGCCGAGCUCCAUUUGAAUAAUUUUAUCCUAGAUUGAAUAAAUUGAAUCCUAAGAUUGAAUCAUUGAAUCCUAAAAUUGAAUCAUUGAAUAUUAAUCCUAAGAUUGAAUCAUUGAAUCCUAAGAUUGAAUCAUUCAAUCUCCUGGAUUGAAUCAUUGAAUCAUAAGAUUGAAUCAUUGAAUCCUAAGAUUCCUCUAGCUGUAGCUGAUAAUAAUUUGGUGUAUUCGUUCAAUUUAUUCAUUUAUGCAUCUAUCCAGUACUCUUCCUUAUCUUCAUGAUCCUUAUCUUGCCUAUCGUUAUCUUCCUUAUCUUUAUUUUCUUAUCUUCCUUAUCUUCAUUAUAUUCUUCCUUAUUCUUGUCUUUCUUAUCCCAUCUUUAUCUUUUUAUCUUCCUCUUCUAGCUCUAGAGUCAGACUCUCGGAUCAUAAAAUCCACUAUGUUGCUUUUAUUUUCUUUAAUAUAUACUUAUAAUUUCCAAUACACAUAUAGGAAGAUAGAGAUAAAGAUAAGGAUAAGAAGAUAAUGAUAAGGAUAAGGAAGAAGAUAGGAAUAAGGAUAAGGAUAAAGAAGAAGAUAAGGAAGAUAAGAAGAUAACAAUAAGGAAGAUAAGGAUAAGCAAGAUAAGGAUAAGCAAGAUAAGGAUAAGGAAAAUGAAGAUAAGGAAACAAUAAGGAAGAUAAGGAUAAGCAAGAUAAGGAUAAGCAAGAUAAGGAUAAGGAAAAUGAAGAUAAGGAAGAGUACUGGUUAGAUGCAUAAAUGAAUAAGUAGAACGAACUGUGUUAAUCGUUCUUUACUCGUACUACUUCUCUCGUAUUUCUCAUCGAAACGGUAAAAACAAUCGCAUAUAAAACCAUACAAAAACAACAUAUAUAUUUUUAUCCUACAUUUUGUACACUCUCAAGACAACAACAACGUCCAUUUUACUUCCGCUAUGACGUAUGUUACACGAACACACCAAAUUAUUAUCAGUUACAGCAAGGUGAAUCUUAGGAUUCAAUGAUUCAAUCUUAUGAUUCAAUGAUUCAAUCUUAGGAUUCAGUGAUUCAAUCUUAGGAUAAUUCAAUGAUCCAAUCUCAUGAUUCAAUUAUUCAAUAUUAGGAAUUAAAUGAUUCAAUCUUAGGAUUCAAUGAUUCAAUCAUAGGAUUCAAUGAUUCAAUCUUAGGAUAAUUCAGUGAUCCAAUUUCAGGAUUCAACGAUUCAAUCUAUGAUUCAAUGAUCCAAUCUUAGGAUUCAAUGAUUCAAUCUUAGGAUUCAAUGACUCAACCGUAUGAUUCAAUGAUUCAAUCUUAGGAUUCAAUGAUUCAAUCUAGGAUAAAAUUAUUCAAUUCGGCUCCAAGCUAUUUAGUGUGGCUCCGAGCUAUUGAGAGCUCUCCAAUGGAUCUCUACUCAAUUACUAAUUGACGUAGCAUAAUUAGUAAUCAAUUCCAAUGGAUCUUCGAGUGAAUUUCGAUAACAAGUAAUGACAUAUUAAUAUAUACAUACAAACGUUCGAGACAAUUGUGGUUUUCACUCUGGAUCCUGAAAUAGCACUCGUCCUUUGGACUCAUGCUAUGUUGAUGCUUCUUUGAAAAAUUCUCUGGUUCAUUUUUUAUCCAAUUUGCACUCAAAACCAUCCUAUUACCUAUACGUAGGUGAAUUAAGAAAAUAUGGCAUAAAUAUAGACAAAUAAGCACUAAUCUUUUAUAGAAAUACAAUUCCGAAUUAACAAGCACAUGUAUACGAUGAAAUUAACGCUGGGAUCAAUGUUGUAGACUUCCUUAAUUUCAUUUUAGUCAAUUUACUCGAUCUGAUUGGUUAAAAAUUGUCACGACUAAAUAUUAAUUAACUUAUAAAUUAAUUUAUUAAUCAUAUAUAUUGAAUACAAAAUUUCAAAAUCUAAAUAAAAAACUUGAAAUUUAUAUUUUCUGGGCUUUUAUUUUGCAAUUGGCCUCUUUAAGUAUGUUUAAACAUUAAAGAAAAAGAAGAAAUAAAGAUUAUUGACAGUUUUUCACAGGUAUGAAUUAAAAAUUAAUGUGAACAGUUUACUCUCAAAAUUGACAAAGGCGCGCUUGACUACAUUAAUAUAAUGUUUCUUUGCAUAUAUUAAUAGUUGCCCGUGUAAAAUUGACUAUAUAAAAGGAUAUUAAUAUGAAAUUACUCUUGUUCUCGAAGAAUUAGGAAAAUCCAGGAAACGGAUUAACCAUAUAAUAGUUACCUAACAUACGGUCCUCACAAUAUAACAAUAUUUGCAAACAAAAGAAUGAGAUUGCUGCUAUUUGCAUAUGAGAACAAAAUUAACUACUAAUGAAUACAUUUACAAUUUAGUAAAUACUUAUUACAAUUUUUACUAAACAGGUCCUUCUUUCUUCUUACGUUAACACUUGUUACUUUUGCCAGUUCUUGCAGACAGUAAUCCUGUAUUCCGUCCAAAGAAUUGGGAAAAAUUUCACUCUCACUAUUACAAACUUUACACAAGGAAACAUAGCUGGACCGAGGCUCUGGAAAUUUGCAAGCUUACACCAGGGGCGACAUUAGUGUCAAUACUUGACAAACGAGAAGAAAAAUUCGUAACAAAACAAAUGAAUUCAAACGGCGUUAAAGUUUUCCACAUUGGUUUAACAGCAACAACUUAUCCAGGAACAUUUGAAUGGUUGGAUGGCAGCAGCAACUCGUAUCAAAAUUGGGUUAGUGGCUCUGAUGAAACAUUUUCUGGUGAACCCCUGUUUGUGUCAGCUGGAGUAAAUGGUUGGCUGGCAUCUGACGGUGAAACGAAAGCCGGUUUUAUGUGCAAAUACACGCCAGGUAAAUAGCGAAACGCUAUUUUAUACAUUUUAGGCACAUUUUACGAUAAUUUGAAAUCCACAGAUUUGUUUUAUUUUGUGUCAUAGAUGAAACAUUAGGAGGAUACGACCUCCCCCCCGAGUUUUUUAAGUUUUGAAAUAAUUACAAAAUUGGUCCUGAAGGAAAGUCUGUGGUGGUUCCGGACCUUCCAUCGCUCCUCCCGUCGGUGGUUACGCCUCUGAAUAUGUUUGCGCAAACGACGUCCGACAUUUUCAUUGCCCGCUGGCUUAGCUUUAUAAUGUAAUUUUUUAUGCAAGUCUAUAAUAUAUACUUUCUUUUAAUCAUACGUAAAUGACUGCCUCGUCCCCAGGCGCUAAUUAAAAAAUUUGCGAAUCACUAUAUGAAAGGUUUACAUGAAGUAGUGCGUCACAUUAUAGGCGCGCGCAAAGGACAGUGGGAUAUGAGCGUUCUGGUUAGCGCCUGGCCGAUCUUGUAUAAUAGCUGUCGAACAUACAAGUAAACAACAGAUCUAAAUAUAAAUCCCUUCAUGCAUAUCACCAGAAAGAAAUAAAGCUAUCCUUACCUGAAUUAUUCAAAAUAUUGCCGAUCGUUUACAUUGUGAAAAUCAAACAUACUGCAUGUAAAUAAGCUUGUAACUGAUAUCCUGAGACGAAUCUUGCAAAUACAAUUCAAAAUAAAGUUUCAUCGCUCCCUUGUUUAAAAAACGUCUUGUAGCUGUAUAUUUUUAAAAUAAAUUGCUCAUUGUGAUAAAAAUACAUUGUCAUUUUUCCAUACCUUGUGAUUUAUUAUAUAAACUGGCUUCUACGGCCCCGUAGAACUCUUCAAGUGUUGACAUCUCGGAAUCAUUCAAAGCGUUAAAAGAUAUCAAAUAUCAUCUGACUGUAAUCACAUGUUUAAUUGAACGAUUUGAAAUGUUAUUUCCUCAAAAAAAUGGCGAAAAACGCCCCCAAACUGUCGAAAAACCACGAUUUGCAAGAAACAGACGAAUUUUGCAAGAAACGGCACAAGAUCUCCCAGGCGCUCCUCAAAUUUGAUGCCUCAAGCCCAUAACUCCCUGCGCUUGUUCGUCAUGAUGCACUACUUCAUGUAAACCUUUCAUAUAGUGACUCGCAUGAAAUUUUUUAUUAGCGCCUGGGGACGAGGCAGCGUAAAUGACAAGAUGCAUUACUAAAUUUAAAUCGUUGAUAAUAAUUACAUAUAUUAUGCAAAUAAUUCCAGGUAUGGGAGAAUGCAAUUUUGAAACAAAUUGGUGUGGAUGGCGAGAUAAUUCAAGCUUUAACAGUUCUACAUGGUAUCGUUCAAUGGAUGUAGAUAUCAUAUCAAAAGGAAGAGGUUCGGAUGAGUACCUUAUAAUUAUGCUACGAAAAUAAAUAUUGGAUUGAUAUGUUUUAUGAAGGAUUAUUUGAUAAGGUGUUGUAAUAUAUGACAUAUUUAGGUCAAAGUAAGUGAUAUCGGCCUAAUCGGAAGUUUCACAAUGAAAAUGGAUUAUUAGACAAUCCUGAUUUGAAAAUGUGUAUAAUAAAUAAAAUAGAUCAAUUUAACGUUGACAAUUAUAGUUACAUAUGUCAUGCAAUUGUUUUAGCAACCCUUCACUCUUUCUAAUGGAUAUAAUCAUGGAUAUCUUAUAUACUUUGCCCUUUCUAAUGGAUAUAAUCAUAGAUAUCUUAUAUACACUAGAUAACGCAUCUCUUUUCGUAAAUUUGAAGACGCGAAUAUUCCAGCGGUUACCCCCAUUUGAAUAGAUAGCGGCCAUGUUGGUUGUUCCCACUCGCUAAUAAACGUUUAAAAAACAACAACAACUUUCAUCAUUUGAAUAAUUUAAAAAUGAAUUUGGAAUAGGUUUAACUUAAUGUUUAAGUUCCCUGUUUAAGAAGAAGAAAACAUAUAAAUCUUCUCAUUUCAUGGGAAUAUCCUGAGUCUGCAAUCACAACUUCAAUUUUUGAAUUUCAGUAUAAUUAGAUGCACUAUCUAGUCUAUAUAAGAUAUUUUAUGUAAGAUAGAUGAUUAAUUGACAUGACAAUUGAUUAAUUGACAUGACAAUUAUAGUUGCAUAUAUCAUGCAAUAGUUUUAGCAACUCUUCCCGCUUCUAACUUUUAUUAUAAAUCAAACCACUAUUUUUUCCAACCAUUUUUCCCAACAUAAAGUAUUGCUUUGACGUAUUCUAACCAUCCAAUUGAGUCCACGGUAACCUUCCAUGCAGUGGUAACCUUCCAGUGAAGUUCAUUUCAUCUUCCCUCACUUACCCCUAUUUCGGUACCAAAAUCUCAGUACCAUGUUUAGCAUCCCAUGCACGCAGUAGACGUGCCAUGCUUUAUUUUGGGGAAACUGGAAGAUUUUUUAACACAAGGUUAGCCGUGCAGUUGCUAGACAUUUUAAUAGUGACAAUCACAGUGUUUCAGAUACGAAAAUUGUUUUGUCACAUAAACACUUUUUAAUUAUAUUUCCUAGCAUAAAAGUCGGAUAAUUUUCCCGACUCUCGAAACGUCGAUGGUCUGCUUCACUGCUUGUAUUUUGCAAGUAGUUGUAUCCCUAUCAAUCCACAGCAUUGUUAUUAACACAGAAAAUAGGAAAAACUUAGUUGAACGGUUUGAACUAUAUAAAUUUAUAGUUUGAAUUAUAAAAAGUUAUUAAUUGUGAAUGAAGAAAGCGGUAUUCGAACAUAUAUUUUAAUUUUGUGUUUCAACCUUCAACUAUACUUUACCCUUUAUAAUCAUUUUCCUAUAUAAGGUUUGUGUAAGGUUAAGGAUUGUCUACCUAGAAUAAUCAUAUAUGACGUUUAACCCUUUGUCUAUUUUUGUAUAAUUAUUAACAUAUAUAUAUAAUCCUAUAUUAAGUAAGUAUUACCCAACGCUGCAAAUGCUUCAUUCUAGUUGUAAUUGGAGGUCAAAGAAUAAAUAGUUACUCGUGACAACAGAUAUGAUGUUCUGCAUCUGUUUUUCAUUUAGGUUUUCGACUCAGUUGCGGCAAAAACAACAACAUUUCGUCUAAAGCGUCAAUGUCAACUUUGGUUUCGCCAUGGAUGGACUCGUCUUUUGACAAUGUUCGUGGCGUGUGCAUGAUUUUUUUAUAUCGCUUGCUGGAGCGGGAGUCGCAAAUUGACGUUUGGGUUGAACCAAGAAAUAUGAACAAGGAACGUCAGUGGUCAGUUAGAAAUACUGAGGAAAAUAAUCCCUGGAAAAGUGGUCAGGUUUUUCUGGGACUUGUUUCGAAAUUCAGAGUAGGUUAAUGUAAUAAUAUAUGUUCAAGGAUUCUCAAAAGUAACUAAUAUUUAGAUACAUAUGGUAUAUUUAUAUAUUAUUAUUAUUUCUAUCUCAGGUUUAUAUUACUGCAAUACUAUGGAGAAAUAUUAGUCAGGUAGACGUUGAUGAUAUUUUCUUUACGGAGGAAUAUUGCAACUCUGUUCCACAAAACGCCCAAGGUAUCGUACUUAUUCGAAUUAGUUUUAACCUAAAAAUCCGCACAAUAUUCUGGAAUGGGAUCCGAUAAUAGAUAUACAGAAGGCUAAAUAAUUAAUUCUUUCUCAUUGUCACACUAAAAAGUAUUACUAAAAACAUAGGUAAAUAAAACCUCGGAUGCAAUAUGAUUUUUAAGUAUAGCAUUGUCUGAAGUCCUCAUCCAGAAGUGCGUGAGUAAUGAGUGAACACUAAUCACUUCCGUCCUCAUUGGUUUAAAGUCGAAAGUCUAUGUUCUUUGGUAUUCACAUAUUGGCACAUUCCUCAUUGUAGUUUUCCUCUGAGACAAAAUGUUCAUCGGUGAAAUCGAAAUGUUUUGUCAUUCCUCUAUAUAUAUUGCUCUAAUUUCAUCUAUAUCUUGUGAACGUCGCAUUUUAUUAAUAUUUUUAAGGCAAUUUUAUGUUGCAGUUCUCAACAUUAGACAAGUCGAAUGGAAUAAAGAAAAAUUACAAUUUUAAAAAAUUCUUAAAUAAAAAAGUCUUUCUUGGCCUUUUCAAGUACAUUAUCACAAAUAUAUAUUAUUAAGACUCGCGGUGUUCUUGUUAAAUUUUUCAGGUAUACGUAGCUUUAUGCUGUACUGCAAAUCUCAGCAUGAGCUCCACCUUUGAAUUUACUAUAUGAGUAAAUUCUUAAACACGUCCGAAUUUAUCAUUAUGAUAAAUUCGUGGCACAUUUUGAAAUUAUCAUAAUGAUAAAUUCGCGGCAUCUAACACCCCUAACACUAAUUACCCUAACCUCAACCCCAACCCUAACCACUAACCCCUAACCCUAACUUUUUCAACUUUUUUAACGUUUUUAACAUUUUGAAAAUCUAACUUUUUAAUUAAACUUUGUUUUUCUUCUUUAAACUCUUUUGAAACUUUUUAGAACCUUUUUUUAAAUAUUCAAAAACUCUGAUGGGAGGAUGUGCCUGCGUAUUAAAUUUAUUGCCCCAACAAUUCUGUUUAGUCUAUCUAUUUUUCAGAUUGGGAGACGUAUAUAUACAAUAGUCCCUCGGGAUACCUCACUUCACCUUAUUAUCCCUUGUUCUAUUUGAACAACAUGGAACGUUCUUGGAUGAUCGAAGUUCCGCAAGGAAAACGCAUUCGACUGGACAUAUUAUUUCUAAAUAUAAAAAGUGACAAACAAUGUGGCGAGGACUCUGUGAUUGUCAAAGAAACUGCAAGUUCUCGGAAAUUUACUUCCUACUGUGGAAACACUUUACCGACCGGGUAUUCAUCUUCAGGAAAUAUGGUGUAUGUGAAGUUUCAAUCAGAUGAAUCAAUUGUUGGGACGGGUUUUAAGAUCCGUUACAAGACCAUUUCUUGUAAGUUUCUAGUAUUGCCGUUAAGUCCUGGAAACUUAAAAUAUUAACGUUGGUUAACUUUAUGCUUGCAGCUGAAGAAAAUGAAAAUUCUUGUGACGCAGAUGACAUUCUAGGUAAAUAUUAACAUAAUUAUUUUACUAUUUAACAAUUAUUCGCCGAAGCCGGCAAAUACAGCGGCAGGAUACGUGCAUACAGCACAAUGAAAACAUGACAUAUCAAAAGAAAUAGUAUCGUACAAAUUGAGAUAUCUACAGGAUACAAAACAAAAUUGUUUCAAUUUUCGAUUUUUUUUUCAAUUUAAUUUUUUAUUUUCUAAAUAUAUAUGUUACAAUAGUUUGAACUUAUAUAUAUAUAUAUAUAUAUAUAUAUAUAUAUAUAUAUAUAUAUAUAUAUAUAUAUAUAUAUAUAUAUAUAUAUAUAUAUAUAGUGCAAAUUGUAUUUUACAAAACAUGUUUGGACGGAGAACAUAAUAUAAUAAACGCAAAUUAGAGGCUUUACAAGUAGUUCCCCUAGUGUUAUAUUAAUACAUUUAUAAUAUUUAAAAAGAUAUCAGGUAAUCAAGCUAUGAACUAACGUAUAUUUUCAUUGAUAUAAUUAUAAUAAAUGGCACUUGCUGCCAAAAUGCGUGAUUGCUCACGUUUCAUGGCGUGGAUUACACUUACUGCCAAAAUGGCGGAGUGAGACAUCUGGUAUAAUGUCUCAUCUUUGCCGUAAGCUCGGAUCUUCAUUCAGUGCUAAUAAUAUGUGACUUGUUUAAUUCACACGCCCUAUUUAUUUACAAAAGUGUCGUGAUCUGUUGGCUCGCGUCAUUUAAAAUUUAAUUAAACGGCAUAUCAACCACACGUCGUCAUUUCAAACGUAGUGAAGUGAUUCCAAUUAACGGGCGCGCAUCCAAGACAAGAGAAAUUAACUUUGUACAUUAAAGAGAGCAUGCCACGUACUAUCUAGUGGCUUUCCCUCCUGAUCUAUAGUAUUGUGCUUCUCGAUAAAUAAAUUAAUUAAUAAUAAAUUGUAUAAUAAAUAAUAAAUUAGUAACAAAUAAUAAAUUUACCAGUAAUAAAUUUACGUGGUGUUUCCACAAACAAAACUAUUAUAAGUUUUAAAUUGUUCGUGAAUAUGUUUGACACAGUAAAAUAAUGAAAUAAUCCUACCUUUCAAGUUAAAUACAACAUUUUGUGCUUCUAGCUUUCGUUUUCUGGGGCAACUGUUUCCAAUAUUUCAUCAAUUUUGAAACCAAAGUUAUCGAAUCGUUCGUUUUGAAAAGCAUUAUUUACUAGUCCGCUGCCCGCUGGACUAAUGAUCCAUAGUUUUUGGUGAUCUUGUUGCAAAAUGCGAUCCCAGAAUGCCUUAAUUAGUAAUUUGCAUGCAUCUCAAAAGCUGUGCGGGAUUUUGGGGAAUUUCUGGUAACAUGCGAGUGCCUCACGUAUAGUCAUGACUAUGUUGCCAUCUAUAUUAGAAAUAUCAAUUUAUUAAUUUGAUUAAUUGUUAUUUUGUAGACUGUGAUUCUGCAUUACGAUGUGUUUUUAUCAAUUCAAAGAAAUCUAAAGUGUUUGUUGAUGCUGAACAUAUUUUCAAAAUACCAGACUUCUUUCCAGCGAGGACAACUGCUAUGUACGAAAGAAAAUUCCAUAUUUUGUUUAUAGGAUUUUCAAGUUUCAACGCUUGUUUGCUUGAAGAGUAUUCUAUUCAGACCUAUAGACGCGGAAUAAUAAUAUCUAACGUCUGUCUAUAUCAUACAUACACUAACAUAUCUUUUUAUCGUGUAGAGAUUUUGAUGAGAAUUCCAUCGGGAGAUUAAUUGCGGCAAAUUUUAUUAACCUAACACAAUUGGAAUACCUGUAAGCGAUAGCACAUUUAUUCAAUACAUCAUUGAUGUAUAAACUCUCAUCACCCGCUUAGGGACCGGUCAUAAAAUAAAAGGGGGGGGGUGGGUUGGAAAAAUUAGGGGGGUGGGUCACUAUUUUUGAACACGGUCGGGUCAUCGAAAGGGGUGGGUUAUCGAAAGUUAUGUGCAAUCAUAAGGGUGGACCUUGUAAAAAUAUGCUGAAAAUUUUUUUGAAGGGCAUGCAGUGUAUUAAAAUUCAUAUCAUAAAAAUAGAAAUAAAACGUAUCCGGAUCCAUGUGUAAAAUUUAUACCGCAAACGUUCACCUCAAACUUAAAAGCUGAAUUUACUAUCUUGGCUAAUACAUUAGUAGUGGCUAACUAAUUAUUUCUGAUAUUAUUGCUAAAUGUCACGAGCUUUAUGUAGGAUGUUUAUUAUGUAAAAAUUAGUGUAAUUUCUAUGAACCACAAUCAUUGAUAAAAGUUUACAACGCCAUUACACUACCACAUUUCGACUACUGCAGCCUUGUAUGGGACAAUUGUAGUGAUUACUUAAUUGACAAAUUACAAAUAUUGCAAAACAGAGCAGCACGUGUAGUUACUAGUAAAUCGUACCGAACAAGAUCAUGCGAUGUUUUAAAAGAACUACAAUGGCAACCUUUGAAAGAACGUCUUAAGCAUAAGAAACUAUUUCUUAUGCAUAAGAUUAGGAAUAACAAAUUGCCAAUUAGCACAACAAAUAUGUUUGAUAUCAAAACAAACUUACGGUAUAAUCUCCGUAGCAACAACCGAGAUUUCAGCCUCCAGAGGCCAAACGUUUAGGCAUUAUAUCAUUGUCUCCACAAUGAUAUACUAUAUUGUAUAAGUUCUCUAUUGUGAUUAGUUCGUUUAAAAGGGGGUUGGGUAAAUUUUUUAUAUACAUUAUGUAAUUUCAUGAUGCUUCUAGCUUUUUUUCUGUAUUGUGUAGCACUUAUGCUUGUAACUUGCACCUGUAUUCUUCAUAUUUUGUAACUGCUUUUUUUUAGUCGAACGGCCUCUUGAAAAAACUGGUGCGUAUGUGCCCUGAAGAGCUACCGUUUUUAAAUAACAUUAAAUAAUAAUAAUAAUAAUAAUAAUAAUAAUAAUAAUAAUGAUAAUAAUAAUGAUAAUAAUAAUGAUAAUAAUAAUGAUAAUAAUAAUGAUAAUGAUAAUAAUAAUAAUAAUAAUAAUAAUAAUAAUAAUAAUAAUAAUAAUAAUAAUAAUGGAAAUUUUAUUAAUAAUAAUAAUGGAAACUUUAUUGAAAUUAUAUACGUAUAUAUAUAAUAAUAAUGGAAACUUUAUUGAAAUUAUAUACGUAUAUAUACAAUUAUAAAUCUCACUAAUUUAGGUAAUUGAUAAUUGACUACUUGAACCUACUUAAUAUUUAUAUAUUAAUAAUGAGUAUCCUUAAAUGUUCAGUAAUUCCGGAUUUAACCAGUCCUUAUCUCUGCAACAAAAUAUAUAAUAUGUUGUCCUAAUCGCGAUAGACAUAAUUUUCCUGAUAGCGAAAUAUUGGUGUCUUUUAUCAAGUCCUAGAUCAGUUAACAUAUCUAAAAAGGAAUGACAUUCUUUUGAGAAAACGCCUAAAGAACUAAUUGACAAAUUUACAAAUUUUACGGACUUAAAUUGUUUCUUUUGCUGUGUAAUGAGAUCUUCGUAUGUUCUUCUUUUCCGAUCAACAUUUGUUUGUAGAUUAGACUCAUAGCCAACAGAAAGUUCAAGGAUAUAUAGAGACAAUCCGAGUUGAUAGAUAGAAGUAGGUCUGGGCGGAAUGUGUCACCAGUUACAAUUGAUGGGCUUUUAUAACCAGGAAGAUCGACGAAAAGAUUGGAGUUGUUUACAGGUUGUAGCGUUUGUGCUAUAAAGUUCAGAACAGAAUCAUGUCUCCAUGUAAAUCAUGGGAGGUACGUUUGACAUCCAGCAACUACGUGUAAAAGGGUUUCAGGGUUUAAGCAGAAGGAGCAAUCAGAGUUGGACAAUAUUCCCCAUUUAGUAAGGUUUUUACGAGUUGGAAGUGAGUUAUUAAUGUAACGAAUGGUGAAGUUAUAGAUGUUCUUUGGGAGGUUUGAUUGGGAUUUAGACCAUAUGCCGUUUAAUUUCGACAGUGAAAACUUAAUGACAUUUGAGAAGAAGGAGCCUUGCAAAAUCAGAUGAUUCUGCAGUUUGUCUUCUUGUCAAAUUAUAAUAAUAAUAAUAAUAAUAAUAAUAAUAAUAAUAAUAAUAAUAAUAAUAAUAAUAAUAAUAAUAAUAAUAAUAAUAAUAAUAAUAAUAAUAAUAAUAAUAAUAAUAAUGGAAACUUUAUUAAAUGUUUUUCUUUACAUACAUAUACAAUCGUAAAUCUCUCUCAUAAAGGUAACUUACGGUUGGCUAUUUGAAUCACAAUUAUACUAAACUAAAAUAACAGAACAAAGUGCAUGCAAUAUAUAUAUAUACAAUGAGAUAAGUCAAAUUGUUAGUAAAUCCGGAUUUUCCCAUUCCUUAUUUCGGCAACAAAAAAUGUAAUAUGUAGUUCUAAUAGCAAUAGUCAUCAUUUUCCUAACGCAGUACAUUUGGUGGUUUUUGUCAAGACCAAUACUAUCUAACAUGUCUAAAAAGGUAUAACAUUCUUCUGCAAAAAUACCUAAAGAGCUGAUGGAGAGAUUUAUAAAUUUAACUUGGUUAAAAUUUUUACCUAGCUGUCUCAAUAAUUCUCUAUAUUUAUCCUUCUUCCGUUUUACGUUGUUUUUUGAGGUUUGUCUCAUAACCAGUGGUGAGUUCAACCACAUAUAAGGAACCAUUUGAGCACGAUAAUAAUAAUAAUAAUAAUAAUAAUAAUAAUAAUCGUUAGGGGUUGGCGUUAGCUGUAAAUGUCAAACUAAAGGUCUCUAAUUAUGAGAAAGAUACUGCAUAAUGCAGUAUACAUACAUGGAACCCCGUUAUUGAAGAACUAAUCUCUGUGUGGUAAUUCCAGCCAUGUUAUCUAUUGUGUAACUAAUUUUGUGUAAUAGUUUGUGUUAAAUGGAAAAAUCUGUAAAAUAAAAUAAAAUAAAAUACAAAACUUUACUAUGAACAAAACUAUGAGGGGCGUGAAAUGACCUAUUUACAAGAAAUUAACUAUAUACAAGAAAUACAAAAUAUAACAAAAAAAUACAAGUGAUUUUAGCUGCACGAUUACACACAAGCAAAUUUCAACUCAUUCUUUGUUUCAAUAUCGAUUUGAAAGAGCUUAAGGAUUCAGCAAUUUUUGCCUCAUGGGGAAGAUUAUUCCAAUGCAAGGCACCGAUAACUGAAGCACCUCUUGCCGAAUUCUUUUUUUGGCAUAGGUGGUGCUAAAUCAGUAUCCCUACUUCUAAGAUUGUAAGUAUUAUGUCUUUCAUUGUUAAAUUGAAAUGCUUCUUUAAAAUUGAGUGCGGUGUGGCCAUUCAGAAUUUUAUAGAUGAAAAUAGAUUUAAAAUAAUUUCGUCUUUCUUCGAGAGGUUUCCAAUUUAGAUUAUUGAGUAACCCAGAUGACCGAAUAUCGUAAGUUGCCCCAGUAAUUACUCUUGCAGCACGAUUUUGGUAUUUUUGCAACCUAUCUUUGAGCCCAAUUGCGCAAUUAUCCCACAACGGGCUGCAAUAAUCGAAAUAAGGCUGUAUAAUAGCAUUAUAUAGCAUUUGGUGAUCAGAAAGUACUAUUCCAAGUGUUAGAUAAACUUUUACACCGUGAGAAUCAACGUCAAUUUCCACCGCAUGAUAAUCUUGAUGAUCUUACAAAUAUGUUUGCGGAUUUUUUGUCCGGAAAAUUGAUACAAUUCGCUCUCAACUACAUUUGGCUACUGUCGAUAAUCUGCUAGGAUUUGAAUCUUCCUGUGAGACCGUUGAAAAGUUGGAAUAUUUUAGUUCAGUUUCUGAGCAUCAGAUUGAAAACAUUAUUCGGUUAACUAACAACAAAUCAUGUGAACUUGAUCCAAUUCCAACUUGGCUUUUGAAGCAAUGUAUUCCUGCCUUACUCCCGAUUAUAACAAAAAUUGUUAACCUGUCGUUGCAUGAUGCAUUCGUGCCUACCCUGUUCAAACAAGCCUUUUUGACACCAAUACUGAAGAAUAUUUCCCUCAGCACAGAUGAAGAAAACAGUUUCAGACCAAUAUCUAAUCUUUCUUAUGUCUCAAAAUUAAUUGAGAAAGUGGUGGAUACCCAAUUAACAAAUCAUAUUCAGGAACAUAAUUUAGAUGAAAGCUUACAAUCGGCUUAUAAGAAACACCAUUCUACUGAAACUGCCUGGGUUCGGCUCCACAAUGAUAUUUUAUCUGAGUUGGAUGACAAUAAAACUGUACUGUUGGUUAGCCUUGAUGUGAGUGCUGCAUUUGAUACCAUUGAUCAUAGUAUUUUGUUGCGUCUGCUCGAAAGUCGGUUGGGUGUCUCUGGGCAGUGUUUGAAUUGGUUUCGUUCCUAUCUCAGCGACCGUACAACAAGAGUUAUUAUUGAUGGAAAACGUUCAGAUAUAAAACGUGUAAACUUUGGUGUCCCCCAGGGAUCUGUCCUUGGCCCAAAACGUUUUACACUAUACAUAUUGCCACUGGGAGAUAUUGCACGCAAACACAAUGUACAGUUUCAUAUAUAUGCUGAUGAUUGCCAACUAUACAUAUCCUUUAAGUAUGAAAAUAGAUUGGAAACCAUUGAUAGAAUGGAAUCUCUGAUGCAUGACAUAAAAACUUGGAUGACAAAGAACAUGGUGAAGCUCAAUGAUGAUAAAACAAAGUUCCUGGUUUUGACAGGUCCUCGUCGAGACUGCUCUCAUUUUCCUUGCUUGUCAAUCGAAAACGAAAGUAUUGUUAAAUCAGAAUCAGUAACUCUCUUAGGAGUAGAACUUGAUGACAAGCUUACCUUAAAGAGUCAUGUUCGUAAUGUUGCGAAAAGUUGUUUUUUCAAGCUCCGCAAUAUGCGUAAGAUUAGAAAAUGUAUUACUGAAGAUGCAGCAAAAAUAAUGGUACACAGUAUGAUUACAUCAAUGCUUGACUAUUGUAAUGCUAUCCUAUAUGGGUUACCAAAUUGUGACUUGGACAGGUUAUAUAGUGUGCAAAAGCUGGCUGCACGAUUAAUCACAGGAACAAGAAAGUACGACCAUAUUACACCGAUAUUGGAAAGACUCCACUGGUUACCAGUGAAAAAGAGAAUAGAGUACAAAAUUCUGUUACUUGUGUUUAAAUGUCUCCAAGGAACUGCACCAGAGUACUUAUCUGAACUGUUAAAAAAGCGUGAAAACAAAGGCACUAGAGCAGAUGACAAAAACCUUUUGGUUAUUCCUAGGUUUAAGAAGGUUACCCAAGGUGGACGAUGUUUUGGAAGAUCUGGUCCAACACUAUGGAACAAUUUACCAGACAGCUUGAGACUUGAGACGAGUUUUAGCAUUUUUAAAGACGUUUAAAAACGCACUUUUUUGAACUUUCUUAUAAGUAAAUUAGGUCUAGGUCACAUUUUUAAACUUUUUAAACUUUUUUACUAGUAAAUUAGGUUUUGUCCAUAUUUUUAAUGUGGUAUGAAUGUAAAGCGCCUUAGAGAACUGUAGAUUUGGCGCUAUAGAAACUCUGUGUAUUAUUAUUAUUAUUAUUAUUUUGGUUGGGAAGUUCAUGGGAAGCAAGCAUGGGAAGUUCCAUGCAAAGAUUAAACCUUUGAUUGCACCAUUUGAAUAGCUAUUGAGUAUUGUAACACAGAAUUAUUUCGCACCUUUCUGAAAGGGUGGGUCAGAAUUUUUCUGCACCAAUUUAAGGGUGGGCUACAAAUUCUCGUGCAUGCAGCUAUUAAGGGAGGGCAACCAAAAGUGCAGACACCAAAUAUAUGAUUUUCCUAGCCCCCCCUUUUUACUUUAUGACCGGUCGCUUAUCGUGGAAGAUUUGGCACGAGGAAAAGUCCAUUUCUGCCAUGCCUGCUAUAUCUAUAUGCCAUGCACUCUAUAAGCACUCUGGCAGGUCAACAUUACCUAAUGUUAAAAUUUCCUGGGUAAUAAUUAUGACCAAGAAUUCAGUUAUAUUUAAUCAGGAUGUUCUUCUUAAAUUAACCAGAUUAUGUUAAGUCUGAUCAGAGCACCCGAUAUGGUCAUUAGUCUAUAUAGUAAGGAAAAGUGUAUAAAAUAAUCAGGAAAUUUAACCAGGAAUAUUAAGUUAACGCAAAUAGGGUCAUUUCUAGGUUAAUUGAAGCAGGAACGUUUUGGCUACUUAUCCGUUUCAUGCGACGUACGUUCGUUUGCGAGAUAACAUACCGCGAAUUCGUACUCUGAUUUGGCAUACGCUAACUGAAUGUAUAUCACAUGAAUGUUUAUCACAUGAACGAAUCGCGAAUGAAGAUAAGUGUAGGAUAUAUUAGUUAUUUAAUUAUAUCUCAUUGAUUUGUUUGUCCAUGUCAUUAUAUAUACAUGUCAUUAUUGUUUACUGAUCGUUUUUCUCUUUGUUGGAAAUAUAGAAGCAUUUCCAGAAACAAGAUAAUUGUAAUAGAUGGGAAUGCGUUUUCUUAUUUAACAUCUUUAAGAACCCUGUAAGUUAGUUUUUUUGUAUAUCUUUUGUAUUAUUAUAUAGAUCACAAAGCUACUAUCUCAUAUGAAUGGUAUCCGUAAUUAAUUUUAUUCAAUUUCUAUUACUUCACAGGCGUUUAUCUUCAAACUUUCUUGAACAUAUCCCAAGAAAUCUUUUCCUUCAAACAAAAUACCUGGAAGUGUUGUACGUUUUUAUAUUUAUUUUCAUUUGAAGUGUUUCGCAUAUUUUAGUUUAUUGACAAUAAAAUUUGCACACUUUUAAUUUUAUGCUUUUAUUGUUUUUAUUUAGAGACUUAAGUAUGAAUAGAAUUGCUGAGCUAGAUACUGGUUUAUUUCUUGGUUUAAAAUAUCUUCGAUUGUUGUAAGUCCACAGAGUAAAUAAAGUUCAUUUGAUUACUCACGGCUGGUGAGUGGGUACAAUAUUUGUUUAUAAAAGAGGGAGUUUACAGUAUUUUAAUAAACUUUGUAACAUGAAAAUACAUUGUCAAGCGAACAAGCUCCCGAUUCGAACUUCAUUUGUUAUCAGUGUAAUAGUUUUGAUCUAUGUGAGGCAUAAGAAAUAUAUUUAACACCUCAUCAAAUUCUGUUCAUUCAAUUGAUUGAUUGAUUAUGAUCACGUGAUAUAGAAUUGAAAUUUCUAUUUUGCUACCGUGCAAUGGUACAAAAACUAUUGCACGCUCAAUCGUUCAAAAGUUUUUGUACUAUUCAAUGGUAGGGCUUAAUUAAAUUCAAUCAUUCAAAAUCCUCUUCGUAUCGUAAUCGUAGCUCAUUUAACUAUAAUUUAUUAAUUUUCAUACUGAGACCGAUGGAAUUAAAUUCAAAUAUAUAACUGGUGCCCGACAAAAUGGCGGGUGUAAAAAUACAAUAUUUUACUUUAACUUUUACAAAGAAAAAAAUUUUUCGAGCCAGCCUAAUAUAUAUUCAUUAAAAAAAGGGUUUAAAGGGUUGACAAGCCAAACAAGUCACAAAAUAUUUCCCUAUCCAUGUCUACAAAAAAGCGAAGGGUCCAACUUUCACCAAUGACUGCGUUUGAGACUCUUGAAAUUCCUCCAGGUUUAUGGGCCGGGUCUUAAAAAGUAUGCUUUCAAUAUAUACGCGUUAAUUCUUAAAAAUUUAAUUCGGCCUGCUUUAAUUUGUUUCCAGGAGCCUUCGUAAGAAUCGGAUCAAGUCGCUUAAAAAUGGACUUUUUUCUGAUCUUCACAACCUGGAAUACUUGUAAGAAUAUUUUAAUAUAUUCAUUUUUCCUGCUGAAUAAACGAUUGACCAACUACAUAAUAGGGCAGCUUUGGUCGCAAUUCAGGACGACUUUUGGCGACUUGAAGAAAUUUGAGGAGAAAUUGGUACCAACUUAGGCCGGUAAUUUAGUCAGUGGAAAUUAAAAUAUUUUCAAAGCUUUGUACGUGAGUUUUUUCAGAAUUUUCAUAUAGGUUUAGCACCGUUUCCCGCGCCAAGAUUUAUAUACGCCACGUGUAGACGUGGAUUUUUGGAUGUUUACAGGGACUUAGAUCUGCACCCAAGACUAUUCAAUACUAUCUCCAUGCCCUAUUGUUACAUAAUGUGCAUGUUCAUUUGGCAUGCUAGCUCUCAUUGACAUCUCUCGUGCGAUGUUUCACUUCUGUAAUCGAUUUCCGUUGCACUGAGCUUCGGGGCGCACCUGUUGCUCGUAAAAAAGGUCAGGAUGGCGCCAUAUGGGCGAAAAGGUUGGCAUAUUGCACUUGGCAUAUCUUCGAAAGGAGUUUUUCUGUUUUUACUAUGAGCAUGUCAUAAACUCCACCCUGAGAAGUUUCGGCAAAUUCUCAUUUCUGGAACAAUUACUUAUACCUUAAGGUUACUUCACAUGAUGAACGUGCGUUUUAGUCUACUGAAAAUGGCGCGACGAAUUUUAGGUGUAAGUUUACCAAAUUUUUAGUGAAGAAAGCCAAGAAAAUGCUGAUUUCGAAAAUCUUCAUUUGAUGGGUGUUCUGUAUAAACCUGUCCAGUAUUGGCUGACUAAAGAAAUAGAUAUAGGUAUCCCAUAAAAUAUCAAAACAUGUUUAUAGUUUACCUCAACGUUUGUCCACAUGUCUCCUUUUGAAUCUUCAUAGGUAGGCCUACAGUAAAAAAAAGUGUGCGGAAGGUUUAUGAAAAAAAGGUUUUUCUGAUAUAACAUUUUCUUUGACAACUUUGUGAAUUAUCAGUGACAAAUCCAAGAAUCAGGGCAUAUCAGAAAAACCACUAAAGAAGAGAAAUUUUCCGCACACGUUUUUUUACCGUGCCUAUGAAGAUUAGGAUUGCGGCAUAUAUCUAGACAAAUGUUGAGGUAAACUAUAUAAACAUAUUAAUUUUGAUUUUUUUUAUGAAGGUACCUAUAUAUUUAUUCAGUCAGCCAACACUGAAAAUGUUUAAACUGAACACCAAUCAAAACAAAGUUUCGAAAUCAGCAUUAUCCAGGCUUUCUUCACUGAAAAUUUGGUAAGUUACACUUAAAAUUCGUUGCGCGCAAUGUUCAAUAAACUAAAACGCAUGCACGUUCAUCGUGUGAAGUAACCUUAAACACGAUGUUUGAUAUUUUUCCACAGGUAUUUGGAUAGUUGUGAUUUAUCUCUCAUCGAAAUAAAUGUUUUUGAUGGAUGUUCUUUGCUCAAAGUCUUGUAAGUUUGAAAUACUGUAGUGGGAUUUUAGUCAAAUGCAGCUACUGUAUAUGCUGCAAGCGUGUCGGCUACAAUGUAACUCAGCGUUAGAAAUUUUUUUUCUCGCUAGUUAUAUUCUUUAAUUAAGGAACAAAUUCGUGGUUGCCAUAUUUUUCAGGACUUUAAAAAACAAUCAACUGGAUAUUGUUAGAACGUCGUGGUUAAAGAGGAAAUCUUCUCUCAAGAUAUUGUAAGUUAAUGAUUGUUCAGUUUGAAUUCAUUUUAAUCUGAAAAUAUCUAAGUCUUAGGGCAUAAAAGUUAAGUUUAUUCUACUAUUUAUUUUAGCGCACAAAGUCUCAAGUUUAAAUAGUUUCUUUUUUUACAAUAAUUGUGAUCAGGUUUAAAAUGAGAUUCCUUGAGAGCUAAUGAGAUUCGAAAUAUAGAAUGAAUUUUCAUGGCUACUACCUCGAUUGAAAACAUUAAAGACUUUUCGAGCCAAAGUCCUUCGUAGUAACUUACUCGUUUCUCUAUAUUUUUUCCAGAAAAUUUUAAAUACAAGAAACCCGACAUUUAUACUGUACUUAUCAUAUAUUCGGCUGAGGGCACUAUUUAUACUAUUUACUUCCGCCCAAAAACAAAAUGUCUUCCAGUUUCGGUCCGGUUACAGACAAAGAAAUUAUUUUAUCUAACGAAGCAGCAGUUUCGCGAAACAAAACAAGCCACAAAUAGUUGGGUUUUAUUUAUCAGUGAUAGUGGUAUUCUUUAAAACUAAUUCUAAAUUAUUACGCGUUUCUUUACAACCACUGUCGGAGCUGAAAAAAUAUAUAGGCCUAUUGUAUUAUGUUUUCUGGUGCUUUUGUCAUUUUUGUUUUAUUACGGUGUAUGCUAAAACCAGUGGUGCCUAAAUUACUUUGAAUUUGUACUCGAGUAAAAGUAGAAGUAAUUAACAAUAAAACGACUUGAGUAAGAGUAAAAAGUACUGGAAGCAAAACGUACUUGUGUAAAAAGUACAGAGUAUCCUUAAAAAAUACUUGAAGUACAAAGUAAAAGUAAAAGUACUAUUGUCUGUAGCAUGUAGAGGGGGAGGGGAACUUCUCCAAUGGAUUGACAUACAAAAGACACAAAACAAGCACACGCAUUAUAUGCGUGCAACGAAUAUACAAUAUUUCACGGCAUGGUUUACUUUCCAGUUUCCAGAUCCCGUUGAAGAUAUAAGAAAUCGAAUCCAUUAAAUAAAUUAAAUAAUACUUAUAAGUAAGCCACAAAGGAGAGAUCCCAGACGCAUGUAGAGGUCGUAUUACCAAUCCCAAAAUUAAAAUAAGUCAGAAAUGAAUCACGUAAAAUUAAACAAAAGUUAGAAAGUAAGGAAAUACUUCGCCACAAAAAGAAAAUAACGAAGUUAAACGUUACUUCUUAAAACGACUUCGUUCCAAGUAAAAGUACUCCAGAAAAAGUUUACUUUGUUACAUGCUCACUUCUCAAAAAUUGUACUUAAGUACAGUAACGAAGUACAUUUACUUCGUUACUUGACACCACUGGCUAAAACUAGUCGUGUCUCGGUGAAUAUCCUUGCGCUAUUCACAUCCAUAAUUCCGGAGAAUAAUGUUAAUUAGUCAUAGUUGAUUAUAAAAUCAACUUGAUUUUUAGGCACACAUCUACGCUCGAUUAAGGGAUAUAUAAUAAUAAACAUUCUAUUCUUCUCCCGAAGAGAAUUGCAGAACAACCAUAUCCAGGAAAUUGAAGCGGAAGCUUUCAGCGAAUUGAAAAACUUGCUAGAGUUGUAAGUACGCGUCUUUAAUGAGCUGCUGAAAUUUAAUAGUUUUAAAUAAAUAUCCAUCUUUGGCAUAGAAAUACAAUGGAUUUUCAAUAUAAAUCCAGAUAUACGGUAGCUUCUCACUGCAUAUAUUUUUUAUUUUAGGGAUAUAUCAAACAACCGCAUUCAAAAUAUUCCUGAAAAUUUAUUUCAGAAUCUUGAAUCCCUGCGCACAUUGUAAGUGAAAAAUUAUUUUUUUUGAAUUGGGGUUAGUUCUUCAACAAUUCUAUGAAUUUCUUCUCUGGAACAAGUUAUGUUCAACUAUAAAAUAAUUAAAUUUGGACAUGAUCAUACAAUUAGAAUAGCAUAGAAUAAUUAUGAAAGCGUUAUAUACUAUGAUGGAUUACGUGCUGCUGUCAUACAGCCAUCCCAUACAGCCGCUAUCUGUGCCGCCUCAUGAUGCCAUCUCACGAGCAGGCAUCUGUGAUCAUCAUUCUGAAACUGGUAAAUCGAUUAAAAAAAUACUUUUCGCUCCUCUGAAUUGAAUUAGUUUUUAGACUACUUAGAGAAUUAUUAUUAUCAUUAUUAUUAUAUCUGGUUUUAUGAAUCCGAUAGUUAACGACCUGACCUUCUCCUAGUGACUGAAAACAGAUGUCUAUGUCAAUAAAAUUCUUUUGAAAAUAAUUAUUGUAUAAUAAAUAUAUAGUAUCAAUUCAAGUGCAAAUUGAUAAACUACCAGUAAAAGUGAAUUUUAUCAUUGUAGUUGUAUAUAUCUGAAUAAUCAUUACAUAAAGUUUACAUUAUUAUUACGCAUAUUUGGACAGGAUAUGAAACACGUCAGCAAUUAAAAAAGUGCUGUCAUCAACGUGUUUCCUGUAAUACAGUAUAAUAAAGACAGCAUAAAAGCGACUAUUGUCCGAAAAAAAAUUUUUCCGGAAAAAAUUUGAAAAGGGGUGGGUCAUAAUUUUCAGCACCAAUUUAUGGGUGGGCUACAAAUUUUUGUGCAGCUAUUAAGGGGUGGGCUAUCAAAAGUGCAGACACCAAAUAUAUGAUUUUCCCACCCCACCCCUCUUUUACUUUAUGACCGGUCCCUCAAUGGUACACUGGAUUAAUUUCCACUGUUUCUUUUAUAAUAUCCCAACUCCUCCUCGCCAGAUCUUCCAUUUUCCCUUGCUACUAGUAAUUCUAUUUUUUAUAUUUGUGUGUAUUUAUUUACGAAGAAACAUUAAAAUGAAAACAAACAAAUUAUUAUAAAAUACCGUUGUUUAAAAUUCCACGUUGACCUUUAAUUUUUAUAGCAUUUAAGAUUAAGUAGGCCUCUUUCCAAUUUUUGAAAUUAAGUAUGCGAGUUGAGCAAUAAUACAAUAUACAUACCCCGUUAAUAUUACUGUUUUGUUAGAAAAGUGGACCACUUCACGCUGUGUUGUUAUGCAAAGCAGGCCAACCCGAGCGUCUCUUGUGUCUCCAAAACGGCUGGAAUUUCAAGUUGCGACGGGCUUCUAAAAAACACCGUGCUUAAAUAUUCGAUUUGGAUUCUCGGUCUGAUGGCGUUUCUUGGAAAUUUGAUGGUUAUAAUAUGGCGGUCAGUUUCAAAAGAUGGUAACCGUGUAAGCUCGUUUCUUUUAGUCAAUCUUGCUGUCGCUGAUUUCAUAAUGGGUGUGUACAUGUUGAUUAUCGCAUAUAAAGAUAGAGAAUGGGAUGGGGUAUAUUUUAAACAUGAUGUAUCCUGGCGUGCAGGUAAUCUAUGUAUAUUUGCUGGAGUGUUGUCAACCAUAUCCAGUGAGGUUUCAGUGUUAACUUUAACAGUAAUCACAUUUGAACGUUUGAUAUGCAUCGUGUUCCAGUUUAAAUUUCAACGCUGGACUAUCAAGAAAGCUGCUGGAGUUAUGUGCGUUGUUUGGAUUCUCGGCUUAUUCAUUUCACUCAUACCGCUAUUCAGUGAUUCGUAUUUCUACGAUUAUCACAACAAUGUUCACUUCUUCGGCAAGUCAGCGGUGUGUUUACCCUUUCAAUUAUCAACCGAGCGUCCGGCUGGCUGGGAGUAUUCAGUUGUUGUAUUCCUCGUACUUAAUGGAGCUUCAUUCUUGUUCAUAUUCGUGGCGUAUGUGUUUAUGUAUCGUACGAUUGUCAAGGCAGGCAAUGCGGUAAGAUCUACGAGAGCGAACCAGGAUUCUGCAAUCGCCAAACGAAUGAUGUUCAUUAUUCUAACGGACUUUUUAUGUUGGUUUCCAGUGAUCAUCAUAAGUGUCCUGGCUUUGACAGGAAAUUUAUACGACCCCUCUAAGCAGGUUUAUGCUUGGAUAGCUGUGUUUGUUUUGCCCGUCAAUAGUAGUAUCAACCCUCUUCUUUACACCUUUUCAACUUCUUAUGUUCGAGAAAAGUUCAGAUCUUUGAAAAAGGCAAAUACGAUUAAAGGUAAUUUCUUAUAUCAAUAUAACCCCAUCUGCUCAUGUCGUUUGUGAACCCCUUAAAUUGCAGUGCACCCCAAUACACCAUUCAUACAUUAUUAUUUUACUCUGUCUGACGCCAGACGGUUUUACUCAUCAGGGGAGAACUCUGGGAAAUGGCUGGCGCUCAACGCAAACUAACGGGCCAUAUAUUAUUAUUGUAAUCGAUCUGUACGUGUAACGCCAGACGAAUUUACUCGUCAAACUCAUUUACUCAAACAUCAGGCAUUUUACUAGCUGGCGUUCAAUUGGUUAGUAUCUGUUUUACAGCUAUCCUAUAUUUGUCAUAGUUAUGCAGGGUUUUUUAUUUUGUGUUGUCUUUGCUGCAAUAGCAGGCGUUAUUGGUUUUCAUUUUUUUUUCAUUUGUCUUUGUCAUAUUUAGCUGAGUUCAUAUUUAGAAAACCGAUUUUAAACUGUGACGGAAGAUUUGUUUGAUGGAUUUUCGAAACCAAAGCAACGAAAACUCACCCGACGAACAUAUCUCAAAGAAAAAUCUCAAUCACGGUCUCUUUUGGAUGUUGAUUUCUUCGUCUGUUAUGAAUUUAAGACGACUAUCUCGUCUAAGAUACGACACUCCUCUAACGUUACUAUCUCACCGCUCAGACG